CCAACGCCAAGUGCUGGUAAGUCCCAACUGUCCUCUCCCUCUGCCCCUCCGGGUAGGGCCCUCUGACUGAGCCAGGUCACCAUAUAUUCCAGAAGGAUUGUGUCCAAGUUGGGAGCUGAGGUUCGGUGUUGCGUGCCCUAUGAUUGGGUAAGUCGAUGCUUGGUGCAGGCUGGUGUUGUCGUGGGCACUGAAGCUUGGUUCGCGUUGGAGGAGACAAGUUGCGGUGAGCAGAAGGGUCAGAGUGGCGAGGGAAUUGUGCCCUCCAUGCUGGCAGCUUAUGCCGUCGUUUCUGCAAUGUCCCUUUGGGGAGAUGCAAGGUUCGUGUGAGCGUGCGUCGAUGGGUAGCUGGAUGAGUUCGCAGCCUGGCCGGCUGGGUUGGAAGUGAGUCUCAUGGCCUGAAGCUUUUUCCAGAAUAGUUCACAGAUGUGAUCGAAGGCUAGGAGGAACUUGUUCACAUCUGGUAGUGAGCAUGGUGCGAUGUCCGCUUCUGCUUGCCCCUGCAGGGUGGCCAUUUUGGCUGCCAGAUCUCGGUCAACCAGACCUCCCAGCAGCUUGAGGCCUCUGCUUGAGAGUGACCACUACAGUACACCAGUGGGGACUGGGAUAUCCCCCACCGGUCCAGGGGGGGGACAGGGCUCUGGAUCAGCGGACUCAAAGUUGAGGCCUUGGAUUGGCCGCCUCCCCAACCUAGACAAACUGCAGGCCGCAGGCUGUGUCUGCAGGAUUCAGGCUUGAGAGGUAUUGAUGUGUAGCAGAGUGCUCCCCGGGUAUGAGGACAGGUUUGCAGCCAGAAAAGGGAGCAUUAAAACCCUGUGUAAUGUGCGGUUAGUGAUUUACCCUGAGGAGCAGCAGCUUGAUGCGACUGAUUCAGUUGGCGGACAGGCCCCGCGCCCCUCUUGUAACAACAUUUUAACUUUUUAAACAUUUUAACAGGUCACGUUACAUUUUAACAUAGGACCCCUUAUUUGAUAGCAGCUUCAUAAGUCUUGCAUCCAUUGAACUUGUGAGUUUUUGGACAGUUUCUUGAAUUUGUUUGCAAGAUGUCAGAAUAGCCUCCCAGAGCUGCUGUUUGGAUGUAAACUGCCUCCCACCCUCAUAGAUCUUUUGCUUGAGGAUGCUCCAAAGGUUCUCAAUAGGAUUGAGGUCAGGGGAGGAUGUAGGCCACACCAUGACUUUCUCUCUUUUUAUCCCCAUAGCAGCCAUUGAUGCAGAGGUAUUCUUUGCAGCAUGAGAUGGUGCAUUGUCAUGCAUGAAGAUGAUUUUAUUACGGAAAGCAUAGUUCUUCCUUUUGUACCAGGGAAGAAAGUGGUCAGUCAGAAACUCCACAUACUUUGCAGAGGUCAUCUUUACACCUUCCCUCUAAAGGGGCCGACCAGCUCUCUUCCCAUGAUUCUGGCCCAAAACAUGACUCCACCACCACCUUGCUGACGUCGCAGCCUUGUUGGAACAGGGUGGCCGUCCACCAACCAUCCAUCUGGACCAUCCAGGGUUGCACGGCACUUAUCAGUGAACAGGACUGUUUGAAAAUUAGUCUUCAUGUAUUUUUCUGCCCAAUGCAACCGUUUCUGCUUGUGAGCAUUGGUUAGUGGUGGCCAAAUAGAAGGUUUAUGCACAGUUGCAAGACUCUGGAGGACCUUGAUGUCCGUGGGACUCCAGAGGCACCAGCAGCUUCAAAUAUCUGUUUGCUGCUAUGUAAUGGUAUUUUAGCAGCUGCUCUCUUGAUCCGAUGCAAGGAUCAGGCAGAAAUCUUCCUCAAUGUGCCUUUAUCUGCACUAACCCGUCUGUGCUCUGAAUCAGCCACAAAUCUCUUAAUAGUGCGAUGAUCAUGCUUACGUUUUCGUGAAAUAUCUCAUGUUUGCAUACCUCGUCCAAGGCAUUGAACUAUUUACUCUUUUCGGCAGCAGAGAGAUCCUUUUUCUUCCCCAUAUUGCAUGAAAAUUGUGCUCUGCUUAAUAAUGUGGAACACCUUAAUUUAGUAGUUUUUCCUUAAAUUGGGCUCACUUGGCAAUCUAAUUAUCACAGGUGUCCGAGAUUGUUUUCAGUGAUCAAAAGAGCCCUGAAACACAAUGUCAUCCAUGAGUUAAACUGAAAAACAAAAUAUUUAAUCUUUGUGACACUUAAAUAGAAUUUGCAUAAUAAUUUGGAACAGGGUGUAUAAUAGCUGAGCGUAAUGUAAACAGGAACAGGCCAUGGAUCAGGGUAUCCAGAAAUCAGAUUAGUCAGUAUAACAGGCCAAUAAGUCAGUGUAGGCAGCUGACAAAGAGUUCUCAGGAUAAGCUGAGGUCAGGAAUCAGGAAUAACAUAAAUAAUCACACAAAGAUAGUUUUGAAUAAAUAGUUUAAUUCUGGAUGGUAAACAUUCAGAAGGACAUAGAACAGGUAGAGAUGGACAGGAAAAGCAACUACUGUUUUGUAGCAGACUCAUUUCUAGAGUGAUUUUGUUUGGACAUCUUUGGAUUGAAGUGUUGAUUGAUUAGCUGGCUGACUAAAUGAAAUAUUAGAUAACAGCAUUACAGUAAACUCAUUCGAUCUUCCGUCGGCCCACGGAGAGCCGGCCCUGCUCACUUGCUUUAGGCUCAAGGAUCACCCUCACUGGGCCACAUAGGCCCUUCGUUAGUGACAUGGAGGGAGGGACCUGGGAGGCAGAUAGUUCCUCCUGCGAGCAUGCUGAUCAGAGUGUUGCCAUGGCAAUGCUCUGACACAGCACUCACUUCGUAGGAGAAGUAUAGGCAGCCUGCACCCACAGGAGCUGCAGGCUUAAGAGCACCACUCGCCACCGGACCACCAGGGCUAACAGUGUCCCCCUCUCCCUAGCCAAAGGUAAGAAGAAGGUGGGACCCAUAAAGCUUUUAUUAAUGUUCUUUUUUUUUAAAUUGUAAUAAAUAUACAUAUGCUCCCUUAUCAAUUACACACACUUUGCACUCCUCACACACACUCUGCACCCCACAUACUCUGCAACUCUCACACACACUAUGCACCCCAUAUACACUGCAACAUUACAAACACACACUGCACCCCUUACAAACACACACAACACCCCUUACACACCCAGCAACCCUACACACACACAUACACUGCACCCCUCACUGAAGUCUGUGUGUGUAUUCAGCAGUCUGUAUGUGUAUUCAUCAGUAUGUCUGUGUGUGUGCAUCCAGUCCAGCAGUAUGUCUGUCUAUGUAUUCAGUAGUCUGUCUGCGUAUUCAGCAGUCUGUGUAUGUGUAUUCAGCAGUCUAUGUUUGUGUACGGAGCAGACUGUGUGUGUGUACUCGGUAGACUUUGUGUGUGUGUGUGUGUUGUAUGUAUGUAUUGCUUUUGCUGGAGGUACCAAUAAGUAUAAGCAUAUUUUUAUCGAUAAUUUACAUUUUUAUUCCUGUUUGUUGUUGUGUAGGCAGUUGUUGUGAAGUGCACUGCUUUGCCAUUGCUGAUGAUUUGCAUUAACAAGGAAACAGCCGUCCAUGAGUGGUUCACUGGCUUUGCAUCUUUUCCUAAGUUGUGUUUCAAACCUGUUGUAUAUAGCAAACACAGACUCAAAGGAAUCCAUGUUCAAAAUGGAAUGAGGCAAAAAUGUGAUAGUAACAUCACUGCAAAUUUGUGAUUUCUGUGGGAAAAGCAAGUCUUAUGGCUUGACUGGUGUGCAGAUUUUUGUUUAACAUUGUAUUAACUAUACAUAUCUAUAUAUAUAUAUAUAUAUAUAUACAGGUGAUACUCGAAAAAUUAGAAUAUCCUGCAAAAGUUAAUUUAUUUUAGUAAUGCAACGUAAAAGGGGAAACGAAUAUAUCAGUGUGGCAAAACUAGCCACUUAAGACUAUAACUAUAGGAAUAUGUGCCUAUCCCUGUUUCAGCUGUGAGAACCAAGUAUAUUGCUGUAUAUUCCAUUAACCCAUUAAAAGCUUUCCCAGGUGGCCGUCGUUCGGCUACCGACAACGCUGCGGUCGGCCAUCUUGGUUCCUUUGUUAGCCCAGCGGUCUUUUGCCGUCGAGCGCCUGGAACAAAAAUCGGCUACUCGACGGCGCGAACACCGCUGGACUUCCAGGCCGUUCGGUAGUUUGUUCCCCUAAUACCAAUCAGUAUUUUAACAGUGUUUUGGAAAUAAUGUGUAUUUCGUGCGGCGUUCGGUUAGUUAGACUGGGAGCUGAGCGGUAUUCUCACAAACUGUGCACUCAGACUCCAGCUAUCUACCGAACAUCCAUUCGUUUAAAUAAAGUGAAUAUAAUGGAAGUUAUGUAUUUUAAUGUAAAAUGUAAGUUCUGCUGCACGGAGUGAUAAUCCACUUAACGGUAUAUUCCAGUGGGAGUAUCCCUCUCGUAUGGUGGUAGAAAUGUAUGUGUUGUUCAGUUCCCCAUGUAGUCCCCUACUGUACCACCCCUGGAAUGUCAGUAGGGAAACCCCUUGCAUGGGGAAUCCCAUAAAUACAGUGACCUGUGAUUAAAAGCUCAGUUGACUCCCAGCCUAUGUGUCGUCUAGUUCUUGGGAGGGAAGGAUUCUUAUAACGCUACCGGAAUUAUUGUAUUCUGUAUGCUAGCAGACGAACAGGAAAAGCCCCCAAGCGGCUUACACUCCUGGCAAUCAGUCUCUAACAGCAUACAGUAAAUCCUCCCCCCAAUAAUGAGACAACACUUUGAGGGUUAGGCAGGAACUGAUUUACUGGGGCUAACUGCCUGGCUUUUAUGCAGGUCUCCCACCUGGUGGACACUCCCCUAGGGGACCAAAUAGGAGACUGGGACACAAAGGGUAAAAGGACCAAUCACAGACUUACACAUUUCAACCAUCCCACAAUGCAUCACAAUCCCUCCUCUCUGCCCUGGAGAUAAUUGGGAAGUAAUCCAAUUAUCUCCAAAGACAGAGGCAAAACUCCAUUAACCACAUGGCAGAAAACAAACAGUAAAAGACAUAAAAUGACCUACAGUUACAUUCAGUACAUAAAACAUAUACGUUCUACAUAUCCCCAGAUAGCUCAGAUCUGAGCGCACAUUAUUACCGAAUGGCGCUCAGAUCACAUACAUACAGUUCAAUCGCCAUGGAGCCAAAGUCCUUCACAUAGUCUUUUCAUUACAUGAACAGGCUCCAUGGCUUAGCUAUCUGGGUAAUGCUGUUCAUCCAGUUAAACUACCGAAUGAACAGUCAUUCGGUUCCACUCUCGAAUGGGAAGGGAAGGAGGCUGGCGGCUCAGCGGUGUUCGCGCAAUUAAGUGUCCGUUUUCAGUUCCAUAGUUUAGGCGCUGAACACCGCUGGCCGUUCGGGAGGUAAAAUGGCCGCUGCCACGUGUUCGGCAACCGAACAAAGGCCUCCCAGCGUUCAUCAAUUAAGCUGCUGUUAACCGCAGCUUCUGGGCGGUCAAUUGACGGCACACUCCAGUUCCCAGGUGGUCCAUUGACUGGUGGAAUCUACCGAACACCCUGGCAGAAAGGCAUGAAUAAACCUUUCAGCAGGGAAAAUAACAGGUCUGAACUGCAGGGCCUUAGUCUAAAGGGAGCAGGCGAGCAACCUGGCUUCUCCAGUGUACAGUGGCGAGGUUGGUUUCGCCACAUGCGCUGUAUUCUAAUUUUUCGAGUAUCACCUGUAUAUAUAACCACCCCCGACUACAUAAAAAGAGCUCACGACCAUUAUGUACUAUCCCAUAACCAUACAAAAACUAGCGGAAGGGGUCAGCCAGUAAAAAUCCCUUAUUACUCAACCAGCAAUCAAUGGUGCCCCCUCACAGUUCAGGAUAUAUACAUAACCUCUGUUCAAGGUUCCCCAGAUCAACCUCUGCUAGCUCUACACGUUAAUGCUCUGACAACAAGUAGUUUUAUGCUUUAUGUAAGGAUGUUAUUGGUAAGGUUAGGUCUUAAUCCAGCUAAUUACUCUGGUCACUCCUUUCGUAUAGGAGCCGCUACCAUGGCCUCCAGGAAAAAUAUACCUGUACAUAUCAUUAAGACUUGGAUGAUGGAUGAUGGAAGUCCUCUGCGUACUUAAGAAAUAUACUCAACCAGUUCAGGAGAUACAUCAAGCUUUCCGUAACGUAAAUAUGUAAUGUAUCAUAAUAUGUUAAUUUUGUAGACCUAAUAAAUUUUUUAUAUGGUAUUUUCCCUUUUGCUCUCUUUUAUUACAGGCUUACCGCAUUGUCGGUUCCAGCACACCACAACCGACUUUUGUCAUAUUUCUGUAUGUCUAAUAUGAGGAAGUUACAUAACUACUUCUAACAUUACGGCUUUAAUGCCCAAAACACAAAUAUAUAUAUAUGAAACCAGGGGGCUGCACUCACCUGAACAUGCAUAUAUGGGGUGCUGCUGGGGGCCAGUUUAUACAAUACACAAGAUCCAGCGCACUCAAAGAUGGGGUACAUUGUUGUUGUGACAGUUAUGCAAUAUAGGAUCAUAUAAUGUAACUAAACCCCCAUUAUUUUUGCCUAGAUUGGGUGUUUUUAAAACUAAUAAAAUCUGUCAACAUUGAAGUUGCUGUUUAGUGGAUAGGUGAGUGUGCUGGAUCUUAUGUAUUGUAUAUAUAUAAUUCUGUCUGACAAACAUUAUUUUAACACUAUCGGCUUGGAAUCUUUACUGUAUUGUUUUGCUGUCUGUAUUAUAGUUUUUCUGUGUUUAAAAUUUACAGUUGUGUUUGGUUCAGGAUUUUGCAGUUUUAUUUUUACUAUUUUCAGAAUAUGUCUGUAAAUUUAACACAGUUUUAUUGUUAUUUUAUACAUUUUUGAUUUCAUGAUUUUUCAGCAUUUUACAGUUGAGUUCACAGACAUUUUUAUAGAAAACUGCAAUCAGUACUAAAAUGUUUUUUCUAUUCUUUUUAAAUAAACUAAAAAGUGGGGUACAAAAAGUUCAGGUUAUGUCUGAUAGAACGCUCUGAGAAACUAUACAGUAAUUAGAACACGGGAAAGGGUUAACAAAAACUAGAAAAGGUUAAUUUAGGAAAUUAAGUAACAUAGUAACAAAAAAUUAAAAAAUCUGACCACAAAAAUUUUUUUUAAGUAGUACUAGUGUACUGAUCACUGUACUAACACUGUGAUCAGCAGUGAAAGGUUUAAAUCAAGCAAUUUUCUAUUUUAUUUAACACUUUGGAACACAGCCAGAAAUUAUCUUUUCUGCUUCUCUUGCCUCAGAUCAAAGUUAGGAAAGAGAGAGGCAGAAAACAAUGUCACAGUCUAUAUUUGAAUUCAUUGGCUGUGACCAGGGCCGGACUGGGAAAAAAAUUAGGCCCGGGCAUUUUUCAAUUAGAGCGGCCCCCCCAAGAAGGGGGCGGGGCCAGAGAGGGUGUGUUUUGUCAUCACUAAUGACAAUCACGCCCCCUCUCAAAGUGAGCAUGUUGGUUCAAUGCGCAGGGCCCCGCUGAAGAGCUCUGGCAUUAGAAAAAGGCCCUGAAUUUGUUCUGCGCAGCGCAAGCAAAUUUAAUAACAUGCUUGCGCUGUGUUUGCUUUUAAAUUGUCUCUGGUGUCUCCACAAGUGGGAUACCAGAGGACAAAAGGGCCAGGAAAGUGUAUGGUGCAUGUGUUUGGCGCCUGCUUGUGGGAUUGCCUGUAUGUAGAGUGUGGUGUGGUAUUGUGUAAAUAGGUGUAAUAUGUGUUGCUAGGGGCUGUAGAGAGUGCGUGUAUAGGGGCAUAGUGUUAUAGGGGAUGUAGCGAGUGUGUGCAUACGGGCAGUAGUGUGUGUGUAUAGGUGACGUAGUGUGUGUAUGGGUUGUAGAGAGGGUGUGUUUAGAGAAUGUUGUAUGUCUUUCCUUACAAGGAAUAUAGUGUGUGUGUGUGUAAGAGAUCUAGUGUGUAAAGGACCCAGAGUGUGUAUAGAAGAUUGUGUGUGUAUGUGUGUAGAGGAUUAAGAGUGCAUAUAGGGAAAGGGAUCUAGCGUGUAUCUGGAGCGUAAUGUGUGUAGUGGUGCAGUGUGAGGGGUGCUGUAGUGUGUGUGUAUAUAUAUUAGAAUAUAUUUGGACGUAUUGUAUGUGUGAGGUGCGCAGUGUGUUUGUGUAAGAGGGGUGCUGUGUGUGAGGGUGUUUUUAUCUGCCGUCACAUUCUAGGUUUCUAAUUUUCUUUGUCUGUUAACUCACUGAGGGUUAUUUUAUAUAAUAUAAUAUAUAUAUAUAUAUAUAUAUAUAUGUGUGUGUGUGUCUCUGGGUGUGCUGUGUGUGUCUAGGGGUGCUGUGUGUGUAUCUUGGGGUGCUGUGUGUGUAUCUGGGGGUGCUGUGUGUGUCUGGGGUGCUGUGUGUGUCUUGGGGUGCUGUGUGUGUAUCUGGGGUGCUGUGUGUGUGUAUCUGGGGUUGCUGUGUGUGUGUCUGGGGGUGCUGUGUGUGUGUGUCUGGGGGUGCUGUGUGUGUGUGUCUGGGGGUGCUGUGUGUUUUUGGGGGUGCUGUGUGUGUUUGGGUGCUGUGUGUAUCUGGGGUUGCUGUGUGUGUGUCUGGGGUGCAGUGUGUGUCUGGGGUGCUGUGUGUGUCUGGGGUGCUGUGUGUGUCUGGGGUGCUGUGUGUGUCUGGGGGUGCUGUGUGUCUGGGAGUUGCUGUGUGUGUAUCUGGGGUUGCUGUGUGUGUCUGGGGAGUUGCUUUGUUUGUGUGUCUGGGGGUGCUGUGUGUGGGGGGCUGUGUGUGUAUCUUGGGGUCUGUGUGUGUCUGGGGGUGCUGUGUGUGUAUGUCUGGGGGUGCAGGUGUGUGUCCUGGGGGUGCUGUGUGUGUCUGGGGUGCUGUGUGUGUUUGGGGGUGCUGUGUGUAUGUCUGGGGUGCUGUGUGUGUGUGUGUCUGGGGGUGCUGUGUGUGUCUGGGGCUGUGUGUGUCUGGGGGGGGCUGUGUGUGUCUGGGGGGCUGUUUGUGAGGGGGCUGUUAUGGAAUUUAUUUUAAAUAUAUAUAUAUAUAUUUUUAUGAAUAAUUUAAAAAAAGUUAUGUUUACCCCUCCCCCUCCCUUCUUACCUUUAUCUUGGGAGGGGGAGGGAGCCGUUCUGCCUGGGAGGGGAGCCUUGAAGGGACCAUGCUGCCUUCCCUGGUGGUCCAGUGGUGAGAGUGAACUCUAACCUGCGGGUUAGAGUUCACUCUCGCGAGAUCUGAGCGUUGCCACGGUAACCGCGGCAACGCUCAGAAUCUCGCGAGAGGACCCGGCGGAGCUGCUGGUUAGAGCUCCGCCGGGUCCUCUCUCCUGCCUCCCUCCCUCCCAGCCGGUGGCCGCAUCUCCCUGUCUGUGGGCUGGUGAGGGAGAUCUGUGAUCUCCCCACCAGCCCAUGGAGACACACAGCAGGGCCGGCGCUCGGGUAGCGCUGGCCAUGCACGGGCUGGCAGGGGAGAUCCUGUGAUCUCCCUGCCGGCCUCGGCCCCACGGCCAUCGCGGCCCACCGGGCAUUUGCCCGGUAUGCCCGAUGGCCAGUCCGGGCCUGAUUACGUCAGUCUGUGUAUAUGUCAGUAUGCCUGUGUGUGUGUGUCAGUGUGUAUGUCAGUAUGCCUGUGUGUGUGUGUCAAUGUGUCUGUCAGUGUAUGUGUCUGUGUGCUUUAGUAUAUCUGUCAGUGUAUGUGUUUGUGUGUGUGUCAGUAUAUUUGUUAAUGUAUGUGUCUGUGUAUGUAUGUAUGUAUGUCUGUGUGUGUGUCAGUAUGUCUGCCAGUAUAUAUUUGUGUGUAGUGACUGUGUGUGUCAGUAUGUAUCUGUGAAUGUUUUAAUGUCUGUCUGUGUGUGUAUGUGCCAGUACGUCUGUCAGUGUGAUUGCGGGUUGGACGUAAUUGGGGGGUGAGGCAGUGGCAGGGACAGGGCCCAUGGGGCCCAAGAAAAUGCAUUGCCCAGGGUCCUAAUCAUAUUAUAGACGGCCCUGUUAGCAGCACCUGUCUGCUACUUAGCCUCUUAAUUCCUAUAGACACAGUAAGGGUGUACUUAGUUUUUCACACAUUUCUCCAUUUUGGUUUUAUUUUAAAGGGACACUAUAGUCACCCAAACCACUUCAGCUCAAUUAAGUGGUCUGGGUGCCAGGUCCCUCAGGUUUUAACCCUGCAGAUGUAGCUGUUGUAAAUAUUUGUAUUUAUUUUAAUGUAUUCAUCUAAUUUAUUUUCAGACCUGCUAAAGAACAGAUUGUUAUUAUGUCCUGAUAUGUAAAGCCAUAGAAUUCAAAGAGGGUGUACUUUCUAUUUCCAUGACUGUGUAUAAAUAUAUAUAUAUAUAUAUAUAUAUAUAUAUAUAUAUAUAAAAAUGUCUGGCAAUCAUCCCAACGACAAACAAAGCUAAUAGUAACCACCUGGGUGCUGAACAGUGCUGUAUGUAUCAAGGGUCAAAAAGGAGCACUCUCUAUGUAUUUUUUAUUUAAUAUAUUCAUCAAACAAGCAUCAACGUUUCGACCUUCCUGAGUCUUGAUCAUCUUGAUAUACAUAUGAACUUAUCUUUCUAAAUAUAAGUUAAUACUUAUGUGAAAAAGAUUCAUAAGUUAUAAAGAAGUGCUUAAGAAAACAGAGGGGGCAGAAAAAACAUGUUUUGUUAGAGCUCUCUUCCAGACAUGUUUUUAUAAACUACAUAAAAUGAUUAAACAGUAUGCCAGCAAGCACACAAAUAAAUAUAAAUGUAGAUAUAAACUCACCUUUUCAGAGAGCUGCAGAGUUCUUCCCGCUUCCUCAAAAUAUUUUUUUUUUUUGUUUCUUUUGUCAUACUGCAACCACCAGUUACUUUCACUUUCACUUUCACUUUCAUGUCCUAACACAAGCAUAGGCAACCUUCAGCACUGCUGAUGCUUGUUUAGACUACAUCUCCCAUGAUGCUUUGCCAGCAUUAUGUGUGUAAGAGCAGUAUGGGGGAUGUAGUCCACAACAUCUGGAGUGCCGAAGGUUGCCUAUCCCUGUCCUAACACAUCCAGGAAUGUAGUCAGUAUAACCAUAUAUAGAUUAAAACAGGAUUAUGAUAAUCAGAACACACAGGGUGUGAACGCUACUCAGUAAUUAUAUCAUUAUUUACUAAAGGGUUAAUUAUUAAAGUGAGAAUCCAAUGUGAAUUUAAAGUGAAUUUCACUUUAAUUUUAGAGGUCCAAGUUACUAAUAAUGGUUUAUGCAACUAUAAUGUAGUUUAGAACAAGAACAUUGUAUAUUAUUUACACAGACUGAUUUCUAAACACAUUUAUUGUAGUUUAAAGACACAUUACUGGGAGUAUUAUUGCCGUGGAGCUCUCUUACACACUCAAAACACACCAACAAUAUGGAGCUCCUAGAGAAGAGCAACAUAGGGAUUUGGGUAAACAAAAUAGGGGCUGUCACUCCUAAAUAGGGAUAGUGGGAGGUAUUGCAUAAUUGAAUGCACUACUUGAAACAGUUUUUAUUCCCAUGCAGAUUAUUUUUACAGUGCACUGGGAAGUGAAACCCAGAGGAGAGCUGGUUAUCAGAGGUAUGGGAUAAUUUGUUACACAUUUGCUAAGUAGACACUAGUGAGCUGACACCUUUCAGUUCAGAGUAAACUCGUCUAUUGAUGCUCUUGCGUUAAGAUUGGAGCGGACAGUUCUCUGAUGCCCUAACAUUUGGGAAGCAGGGAUCACACCUAGGACAGUGGAUCAAGACACUGAAAUUGGGAUGGUCCUGUCAUAUCCGGUAUUGUUGAGAGGUAUGCCAAGGCAGUCUAGCAGUGCUUUCGGCCAACACUGUAGGUGUUAUGGCAUUGUCUGCUGUAGCCAAAACAUUUUAUUUUAGUUGAGCUCCUUAAUGUUCAGAUCACCACUGUCAGACUUAGAUUGCGCUAAAGUGCAAAAAAAGGCAAUGGGGUGACUUGCCCCACGUGUAUAUAUAGAUGUACAGGGGGAUAUGGGCAAUAGAUAAAAGACAAAAAAGUACAGAUGUAGUGCAGAUGGUAAUAGUAAACAAAUAUUAUGACUCAGCUUGGUCAGAUCACUUACAUUUGAUGGAGCCUAUAUAUAUAUUGGCUCUGUAUAGAUUGCUGAUAUGCUUUUAUGGCAGCAUCACACCAUUCCUUUAAUGGAAUAUAAUGGAAUAUACCCUCCAAAAAAAGAAAGAGAAUGUGUAGUAUUACUAGUAUAAAAUGUAUAAGGUAUAGAGGUAGGUAUUGAGCUCACCUUAUUUAGAGCCCAAGUCCAGGUUCUCAAGGUAUGUAGGAAUAGUGCCACUAUAAAGGGGAUGGCACUUUCCCCAAUGAAGGUUCCUAGGGCUGCAGAGAACUUUCAAUGUAUAAACUUAUUGACAAUAAAAAAGUAAUAAAAACAGUUUAAAACAAAACAAAAAUUAUAUAUAACACUGUCCACGAUUGUGUAAAAAGUCCUUGCAGACAAAACGUGUUUCGCUCUCCUGAGCUUUUUCAGCCAGCUACAUGAAUUUCUUCUUUUUUAAUCUGUUAUAAAAGUAAGAAAAGUCAAAUAACUACUAAUGCCAAAAUACAGCAUUAUUGCCAUGUUUUACUCCAGGCUGAGAUUUUCCAAUACCUCUCCUCUAAGGUUCAGAUCGAGUACAUAACACUCAGAUCCGGCCUUAGCCGCCCUAUGUGACGGUAGUCACCAUCACUGGGGAUGGAAGACAGACACUAUGGGUGGGCUCCCAAAUUCCUUUUGUGUCUUCUGUCACAUUGUGCCUAUUAUUUGUGCAGGGUAUGUUGAAUGUAUUGCUGGUCUGUGCAUCUCCCCCUCCCCCCUUUUCCUGUCCUAUUGUUUCCCCAGCAGGGCGUUGUCCCAGGGACACUGCCAGACCAGUUUAAACUAGCUGCUCUAUCCCUCCUCAAUCUCCCAUCAGCCCCUGCUAUUGUCUGACUCCACCCUUCCUGGUACUAUAGUAAUCCAUGUAACCUAUUGUAUGUAAAUUAGGCUGUUGGGGGCUUAAACUAAGUGUGCUGGAUUAAUUAAGGAGUUGAUGUUUAACCUUCACCAUGUGUUGUCUGGUGUUUGGUCCAGGGUGGAAAAGGCCCUAAGUGAUCCCAGUAAAGCAACGGCGUCUGGGUCUGAAGUGUUUCAGGGUCCCUGAAAGCUACAAGGAAGCAGACUUGACGGAGGUACUCGGUUGGAGUACUGGAGCUCCGUUACACCCUCCAUGGUCACACUCAGUCAUCCAUGUACAGUGUGUGUGUAGCGGACACACACUCACAGGUAUACAGUCAUACACACAGUUAAAGGCAGAAGAUCACACACACAGGUGCAGGCACACAGAUACACAGCUACAGGCAGACAGUCACAUUCACACACACUGUCACAGGUAGACAGUCACACACACACAAUUACAGGCACACACAGACAGUUACAGGCAGACAGUCACACACACACACACACACACACACCGUUACAGGCAGACAGUCACACACACACACAGGUACGGGCAGACAAACACACAGUUACAGGCACACAGUUACAGUUACACAUACACACAGUCACCUCUUCAAAUAUAUUGUCACUGGCUGGUGGUGGAGGGUUGGAGUGUACUGAAGUCCCUGAGGUCUAUUUGUUGGGAAGCAUUGACUCCUUCCUGCUUCCCUUCAGUGUGCAGCACCAACCAGGCAGUGGGUUCAAGGUGCAUUUAGCUCUGCCCCGUUGCCCAUUUAGCAGCACCAAUAUUAUACUCAGCCACCUCCUCCCUUACAUGUAGACCGCCUUUCAAACUCUGCUGGCCCCUGCGUGUGCGAGCUGUGUUUGCCAUCCGGUGUCCCCUUGCCAUCGUGUCCUGUACGGCUGCACAGUUUGCUCACCCCUAAGGCCAGUCUUGGUAACACUAUUUAACUUCAUGCCGCCGGAACCUUGCCAUACUGUUAAUCCAUGCUAGUCUAUCUUUUUCCCUUUUUCUCCCCCUCUCCAGCCCCUUGGCUGCUACUCUCUACCUUGGAUUAUGGAUAAACCCACACUGAGUUGCAUGUUUAAUAGUACUGACCCAUUGCUUGGAAACUGGUCUUUGAAUUAUGCUUAGCCCCUUCUUUGCUGAUUGCUUUGAUCAUUCCGACCCUGGCUUGGUAAAUAGACUUUGAUUGCUGGUUAACCCUUUCUACGCUGCUUGCUUACAUGGAUCUGACUCUGGCUUGGAUAUUGGACUCUGACUCCCGAGUAACCCUCUCACAAUCGAUUUUGUAAAUGGUUGUAAUCCUGACUUGCACAGUGGACUUUUAGGCCCAUUUAAUACUCUUAGCUGUGACCUAAACACUGGAUCCUGAUUUCUGGAUAUCUACUUAGAUUUUAUUUCAUUAUUGGUUUUCUUUGGAUGCUGCCCUAUGAGUACUGGUAUCCAGAACCCUCACAUUGCUGUUUAAUUGCUGGAUUUAACUCUUCAUUCCAUAUGGUGUGACAUCCCAUUUAAUCCCAGUUGAAUGUCUCUCGUAUUCACCUUCAACUUCUAGAUACCUACCUACCACCGUCAAAAAAGGUAACCACCCAUUUUGCUGUAUUCACAUUUGAGGUUUUUUCUGUUAUAACAGGUUUUCUAUUGGCUAUUUGGUGUCGUUUUAGAGAACAUCCACUGUCGUGUUGUAACAAUAUGCACAACGCUACAAUUAUAUUGAGAAACCUAAACAAGUUAAAGAGGCAUCAAAACAUGACCCUUACAGUAAACAUGUUUAUCUACAAAAGUUAAAAUUGGUAGAAGAAUAAAAUUAUAUAAACAUCAGAGAAAUGCAGGGUUUUGCACUAUUUGUUUAAUGUGAGUCAUUUCUUUAUAAAGAGUCUUUAACUAAAAUAGCCCAUUUAAUGCACUUUAGAAAUUAAGAGAGUCUUCUACUCAUGUGACAUAAGCCUCAGGAGGUUCUAGCUAGGUAGCAAACAGAAGAAAGCAUUGCAAAUGAAGAGGGGUAACGGAAACAUUGUUUCAUUUCUCCUCUGUAUGCUUUCUAUAUGCUGAUUGCAGGUGCAAAGAACGGAGUUUAUAAAAAUAUUUGACAGGUUGCCAAGAUGGAGUCGCCCAAUGGCAGGAUAAUCAGGUUUGAAUUUCUCAAUUUAAUCCUAUUUUUCACACCUCACAAAUAUAUAUUUGUUAACCAUAGGGAUAAGAAAAGAUAUUACAAGAAAUACAGAGAUAUAAUCGCUUUCCUUCAAUCAGUUCUUACAGCUACUGCUAACCUUUGGCACUCAUGCUGCUGAGGACUACAUUACCCACGCUGUGACCAAAUUGUAUAGUUGGUUAUGCAUCAUAGGAAAUGUAGUCCAAGGCAGCAGGAUUGUCUCUGUUUAGAGCAGGCUUCCUCAAACUCCGGCCCUCCAGAUGUUGCUGAACUACAACUCCCAUGAUUCUAUGAAUGAAAUAGAUAGGCUGAGAAUCAUGGGGGUUGUAGUUCAGCAACAUCUGGAGGGCCGGCGUUUGGAGAAGCCUGGUUUAGACUCUUAAACACCUAAUGUUACAAUGUUAGGGGCUGUUACCCCCAAAACAUGACUAUUUUUUUCUGCACUGCAAGCUAAACCCUUAUUCUUUUCAGAACUACACAUCCCAGAAUGCACAGGGCUGAUAAUAUCAUGUGAUCAUCAGUGUCCACCAGUACGCUCACUAAUUCAAAGUGAGGCUUCUUUGUUCCACUUGUAUGUCUGUUGCCUCAGUCUGCAAGAUCUCCUCCAGGUAGGAGCUCUUGUAAUAUCCCAUGAAUCCUUUGAUUGUGUCAUGUAUCUGACAUCUUGCACUCAAAGGGUUAAGCAUAAGCAAAAAACAUAAUUUUAACUUGUUAAUCAGCUCAUCUCAUGCACUGGGGUAAACACAUUGGGCUUCAUAUGACGCACACUUCUUAUGAUAUGUCGAUGAACACAGGCACCCACUUAUUAGAGAAAUGUUAAUGAGUUGUUAGAUAGAUUAGAACAAUUAAUUAUAUACAUAAGCAGACAACCUAGAGCUGGCUCUCAAAGUCAUCUAUUUCCAUUUAUGGUUGUUAAAUGUAUCAUACAAGUUAUAAAUAUGUGCUUGAAUAUUUGGUGAUAUAAUGUAUAAAUGUGUUGAUUUUCCUUUGAGAUUAAUUGCAAUCAUACUUUUAUUUUUUUUAUUUUUUUUGUAGUUUUGUUUUCUGCCAUAGUUAAUUCAUUGGUGAAACACGAAUUUCCCAUCAUACACUCUUUGUCGAGCAUAGUAUUGCUUUGUAUAUACUUUGUAUAACAAAGUAUUGCUUCCUGACUGAACCCUUGGACUGUUGGCUGAAGGAGCUGGACAGAGUGGAUAGGCACCGUCUUCAGAAGUUUGCAGUUAAACUGUUCGUAACGGUUUCAUUCCUUAAGGUAAGACAGUGCCUGGGACCUUCUGGCACCAUAACAACUUCAUUGAGAUGAAGAUGCCAUGUUGCACUGAAUGGUCCUUUAAGUAACCCAUCCAAUACCGUAUUCACAGUGAUAUGCAUAGGCAUUCCUAGGCACACUAUUUUUGCAGGUAGUCUCUCUUCCCUACUUGUGCUUUUUUCUGUUUGGGUUAACUCUGGCUAAAGGCAAAAAUCAUGACAACUGUUUUAAUUUUUACAUAGUUACAUAGUUACAUAGCUGAAAAGAGACUUGCGUCCAUCCAAUUCAGCCUUCCUCACAUUUGUUUUUUGCUGUUGAUCCAAAAGAAGGCAAAUAAAACCAGUUUGAAGCACAAUUUUGCAACAAGCUAGGAAAAAAUUCCUUCUUGACCCCAGAAUGGCAGUCAGAUUUAUCCUUGGAUCUAGCAGUUAUUACCCUACAUUGAAAGAUUAUAUCCUUGAAUAUUCUGUUUUUGCAAGUAUGCAUCUAGUAGCUGUUUGAACAUCUGUAUUGACUCUGAUAAAACCACUUCUUCAGGCACAGAAUUCCACAUCCUGAUUGUUCUUACAGUAAAAAAAACCUUUCCUUUGCCUUAGACGAAAUCUACUUUCUUCCAGUCUAAACGCAUGGCCUCGUGUCCUAUGUAAAGUCCGGUUUGUGAAUAAAUUUCCACAUAAUGGUUUGUAUUGGCCCCGAAUAUAUUUGUAUAAUGUUAUCAUAUCCCCUCUCAGGCGACGUUUUUCUAAACUAAAUAGGUUUAAAUUUGUUAACCUUUCUUCAUAGCUGAUAUGUUCCAUUCCUUUUAUUAAUUUUGUAGCCCGCCUCUGCACUUUUUCUAGUGCCAUAAUAUCCUUCUUUAGAACAGGUGCCCAAAAUUGCACAGCAUAUUCAAUAUGUGGUCUUACCAGUGAUUUAUAAAGAGGCAAAAUGAUAUUCUCGUCCCGAGAAUGAAUGCCCUUUUUCAUGCAUGACAAUACCUUACUGGCCUUGGCCACUGCUGAUUGACAUUGCACAUUGUUGCAUAGUUUGUUGUCUAUAACAAUUCCCAAGUCCUUUUCGUGUGUUGUUAUCCCUAAUUCGCUUCCAUUAAGGGUAUACUUUGCUUGUGUAUUCUUUACGCCGAAGUGCAUAACUUUGCAUUUUUCAACAUUAAAUUUCAUCUGCCAUUUGAGUGCCCAGUCCCCCAGUCUAUCUAAAUCCCUCUGCAGCAAAGUAAUAUCUUGCUCACAUUGUAUUAUUUUACAAAGUUUUGUGUCAUCUGCAAACACUGAAACAUGACUUUCAAUGCUGUCUUCAAGAUCAUUUAUAAACAUGUUAAAUAGAAGGGGUCCCAGAACAGACCCCUGAGGGACACCACUUGCCACCUCUGUCCAGCUUGAAAAUUUACCAUUAAUGACAACUCUUUGUACUCUGUUUUUAAGCCAAUGUUCUACCCAAGAACAAGCAUUUUCAUCUAGACCGAUUUCCUUGAGUUUGAACACUAAUCUAUUGUGUGGAACUGUAUCAAAUGCCUUGGCAAAAUCCAAAUAGAUCACAUCCACGGCAACACCCUGAUCUAUACUUCUACUUACUUCUUCGUAGAACGCAAUCAAGUUAGUUUGACAUGACCUGUGCUUCAUAAAACCGUGUUGAUUUUUGCUGAUAACCAUGUUCUUCUCAAGGAAUUCUUGAAUAUUAUCCCUUAAUAACCUUUCAAAUAUUUUACCAGCCACAGACGUUAAGCUCACAGGUCUAUAAUUUCCAGGCAAGGAUUUUGAACCCUUUUUGAAUUUCUAUAUCUCGUGUUGCAUAGAGCGAGAAUGUGGUGUUAUUAUGCUUUAUAUUAUAGUUUUUUCUAGGUAAUUUAAGUGAUUAUUUAUCAAUUCAUUUUCAGAUUGACAAAUAAAAAAGUAUGAACUAUUCAAGGGAAUCUAUAGUCCCAAAAAUAACAAUAAUAUUUUGGGGGGACUAUCGAUUCCUUUCUAGCAGUGUGAUCACUGUCCACCCCCUUUUCUCUGUAAAAUUAAUAUGAAAUUAAAUUUACUCACCUUUUUUCCAGCGCCAAGAUUCCUUUGUAGCAGCCCCUCUCUCAACCUCCAAAAACGCCAACAUUCCUGCUAACGUCUUUCGGGAUCUUGUCCAAUUCAAUGCUUCUCAUAGACAAACACUGGAGACAAUAACAUAUGUGCAGCAAAACUUGGUUCUGGAGAAGGAAGCGUCCCAAAACAAUGUUUUACAUUGCAGGGUAAAUAUGAUAGGACCUUUUGAGAUGAGGUGGUCUGGGUGACUUUAGAGGUGUUUUUAGUAUUUUUUUACACAAAUGUAUACUUUUUCUGGGGUGCCUGCCUAUAUGUGUGGAACUGUGGAAGGAAUGCUCACAUGUUCUUUCUCUACAGAUGCCUGAACUCAUAUGACGUCCCUGCAGCAUCACGGGAUGAUAACGUUCUCUAGACACUGAAGUUCUGAUGAUGUAAGUAUGUUUUUGUUUUUACUUCUACUAUGGUACCCACUCCAGUUAGCAAUUCAAUAGUGUUUGCUGAGAUAAAGGAUGAUGACCUGUCACUUUUAAGAAGUAGAAAAGAAAAGAGAAGUGACAGUUCCACUUUCAUCUCUAAGAUAUAUAUUUAGCUAGAUAUUUAGGAAAGCUGUGCUUGGAGUUGUGGGAGGGGCAUAUGGACCUUUAAAAGGGACUCCCCCCUUCCCCACCUUACCGUAAUUGGUCUGACGAGCUGCUGCCUCACCCUCCACUCCCUUUAUGCACCAUACUCUUCUAGUGUAGGCUCACUGUGACAAAAUGACUUUUGGCACUGGAUUUUUUUAUGACCAACUGCCCUUUCCCCCUUGUUGUUGGAGGAGCCUGAUUGCCAUGGCCCUGGGGUGUAUUGCCAUUUAAAAAGACUAUUUGGGGCUUAUUGGCUUCUAAAAGACUGUUUCUGCCCAUUUGAAUCCAUGGGAAGAUGUCUCUUCCCCACCCCCGUUUCCUGUCGAUUGUUCCAGCAGGGCAUUGUCCCAGGCACACUGCCAGACCAGUUGGAACUUGCUGUUUUGACCCUCCUCGGUUUCUCAUCAGCUCUUGCUAUGUUUUAACCCCAUGGAGAUUUGACUGUAUUUGUGUUAUCUGAGCCCUGUUCGGAUAUAGUGAGCGCUCAGAUCCAAGCUAUCUGGGGAUAGGUUGAAUGUGGGGGUUCUGUUAAGUAUAAUAGGAAUUAUGUAUUUUUAGGUGUUUUUACUGUUGUUGUGAAUAGAGCUAUUUUCUGUAUGCUGGAGGUAAUUGGCUUACCACACCCAAGCCAUGCUUGCAGACGGUCACAAGGGGACUACCAACUAACUUUUGACACACUGGACCAAUUUGUAUGAUUUUGACGUAUGUUUGUAUUUGGAGUAUGCUGAUUCUGAAACUGUAAUGUGAGUGUGAUGUAUACUUUUAGAGUUAUGAAUAUUGUGUAAAACUGUAUAUUUUCCUGCAGAGGGGAGGAUUUUGUGUGGGAGUGUCUGAGUGUAUUGUACGUAUUGAUUGUUUGUUCUGCAAAACCCUGUGGGCAGUACUAUGUUAGUAAAAUGUGAAUAAAAGAGGCUUUAUGUGCCAGUACAGUCAGUUCUACUUCACCCUCAAUUUGGAGUGCCGUCUCUUAUUGGGGGAAUCUGCUACAAGGGAUUGCUAUGCUCUGCAUAUUCCCUUGCUAUAAUCACUCCUAAGUUCUUGUAAGAGUUUGUUCCUGCCUUGCUCUCUGGAGGAGUCUACGGUGGUUAUGGUGUCGGCUGGAGUCCUCAGGAAGCGCUAGGAGCAUCCUUCAAUGGAGGUACCCAGUCGGGGUGCCAGGUGAUCCGUUACACUCACUUUAUUCACUGGCCUACAGCAUAUGUCGGUUUUGGCACACCUCAACCGACUUUUCCUAUCACAGGUUUUACUAACAACAAUCUUACUUCAAUCAUGAUCGAUGUUGCCCCGAACACAAAUAUAGGUUGCGGUGCCAAAUAAUGUGUGAUGAGACCAAACAUGAUAAGGCUACUCAUAAUUUGAAGCAGAUAAAAAAAUAAAAAAAUACUGGAGUGCUUCACCUGCAUAUCUCCAGUUUAACUUUAGGAAGUCCACCACUUGGGCACAGAAAUUCAGAGUGUAAUAUAAUAUAUAUAUACACCAAGAAAAUAAUGGUGGGGAAAAAAAGGGAUUCAAAAUCCCUUCCACCUAAAGUAAGUAGAUAGUCAAUACAUUCUUAAAUACAGAUCUGCAACAACACUUGCUUUUUCCACAGAAAUCUCAAAUUUGCACUAUGAGUAAGGAAGUCUCACACCAUACCUCCUAACUUUGGAGUACUGGAAAGUGGUACUCCAGACUCUGAUAACUAGGGCCGCUGACUUCAAUUCAUGGUCCAUCGAGGCUUCCCUUAUUUCCGUCAGAAUUGUCAGUAAAAGGCUUCCGGCUGUCUCACAACACCAGGUGCAUGCACACAGACUCUAUUUUGCCAGACUUAGGAAAAAAAACUAAGUCAUGUUUGCAUGAACAUACUGCUAUUCCAAGUAGAGUGUUGAGCGUUCCAUUUGCACUGCCACGCUGUUUGGUUCAUGUGGAGCAUUUGUUUACAUUCACAUGAAUGCUCUGCAUUACACAUUAGCUUGCAGUAGCAUGAAUGCUCUAUGGGCAUAUCGAGCAUUCGGUAUCAUUCAAUCUCCCCUCUCAUAAAAUUGUAAAGCGCUACGGAAUCUGUUGGCGCUAUAUAAAUGGGAAAUAAUAAUGAUAAUUCGCACUAACACAUUGUUAGUUCAUGUAAUAUAUUUGCUUGCAUGUUUUUUCGAAAUUCAUACAACUUCUAUACACAAUAAUUCAUUUGUAGGUUAUUUUGACACUCGUUCGGCCAAGCCAUUAAGCAACACUACACUGUCAUUUGCUAGGUAGAAUGUAAUACUAUUUGCAUUAUAUUGUAUACACACAGUUAGAAAUGUACUCGGUUUUAUUAUCAUGGGUGCCCUCUAGUGGUUUUAAUGAUUAUUACAACUUAGGUAACUUUUAAAUUGUUUUACAUUACUUUAAUUAUAUUCUCUCAUAUUCAAUAUAUAGAUAUGCUAUUAUGAUUGGUUUUGAUUGUACUAUGUGCAUUACCAGGGUUUUGGGAUAUUAUUAAUACUACUCAAUGAGGAGCACAACCGUAAAAAUUAAAUGACACUUUAUUAAAUAGGUCCACAAAAAGCAGGUAUCUCAAAAUGCAUAUCAGAUCAUCAAAGCAUAAAUCACAUGAUAAUAAUACAAAGAAAUGCACAAAAUUCUGCAAUUACAUCCAAGCAGGAAUGAUAACAAACAGGUUCAUAAGAAACAGAAUAACUACUAGGACAUAAAGAGACCAGGACAUAACAACCCAACAUAUAACACAUACAAAACAAACCAAUUCAUAUCAGAAAUAGUGAAAAGAGGGGAAAACUAAACCAGCAAGCCCCCAACGUUUCGGCAGAAAAAUGCCUUUAUCAAGGGAGCGUGUUGCAAAAGGGUAAAACACAAAAAAUAAAUAUAUGAAUAGUAUUCUCUCUCUUUUCACCUUUAUUUUAUAGGCCUACUGGUAAGUCGGUUUCGGCACACCACAACCGACUUUCAUAUACCCCUGUGUUACGUUAAGCAUGUUUUAAUAAUUACUCUUUUUUCUACGAUACAGCCUUAGUGCACCGAACACGAAUGUGAAGGCAUAGCCUGGAGUCGUGGGAGGGGCUUGUUACCCUUUUUGAAGGGACUCCCCCUCAUUCCCCAUAACCGUUAGUCAACAAUUUACAUUCCCCUCCCUCCCUCUUCUUCCGAUACACCUUUAUUUUCAAUACACCUUUAUAGGUGGGCCCUCUUUAUUUUACAGGCCUACCUGUAAGUCGGUUUUGGCACACGACAACCGACUUUUAUGUACUCCUGUGCUAUGUUAAUCAUGUUUUAAUUACUCCCUUCUAUGAUACAGCCUUAGUGCCCACACACAUAUAUAUAACUAGGUGACAAAAAUAAAUAUAUAUUAUUUGUGGUGUGAGCAAAUACAAUAAAACUCCCAAAACACAGAUAGAAAAAUUACCAUUGUGCGUCACCUACAGGUCUCAAAUCGAAUUUUGAGAAGUCUUGCUCGUGGGCAGAGAAUUUCUGAGGAAUAAUGUUUUCACAACAAUACCAGAAUUCCUAGCUUAACUUCACCCUGUAUUUCUGUAUUUUUCUUCAAAAAGAUAUUCCGACAAAAUCACAGUUGCUUGUUACUUAAAUGUAUCUUCCAGGUUCAAUGUGGACACUUCUGCCAUCCUCUGACAGACGCUGUUGCGUUCUCUUAACCAGUAACAUGCGUCAUUGUUCCAGGUUAGUGUUGAUCCUCACCCUUUUCAAAAAGACACAAUAGUCAUUUAUUAACCAUACUUUUGUUAAAGAAUUAAAUGGAUAAUAUAUGCAUACAUUUUAAUGAUUUUGACUAGAAUUUUUUCUAUUUUUCAAAAAGACAUUAAAACAUAUAACAUCAUACUUAGUUUCUGAUUAUCAAUCAGUUUUACAUCCAGUGGUAUAUACGUUUACUACAAAUACAUAUACACACACAAUGAACAAGUCAAUAUUGUCCCAUGAACGAAAGGUGAAGGUGGGUCUCUUUUUUUGCAUCCCUAUAAAAAAAUAAAAAAAUAGUUGUAGCAGAUGGCACCAGGCGACCCUACAAGAAAUACUGUAUAAAGCUGCAUACGUGUAUCUGCUGUAAUUUCUGUGUAUUUAAAAAGAAUUGUAUUCCUCUGAUUGUUCGGUAGUUUCAUUCCCUUAGUUUAUUCGAAUGAAACUACCGAACAACCAGACCUCCCUGUGUGAAGUGUGUCCUCAAUUACCCGUUGCAACAUUGUUGCGAACGGGUAAUUGAACAGUAAGUAGCCGUCCUUUGUUCUCGGGGGUGGCCGCCAUUCGACAAACGAACACGUGGCGGCGGCCAUUUUAAAACUCCCGAACAGCGGUGUUUUGCCGUCGAGUGCCUGGAACUAAAAUCGGACACUCGAGUAGGCGAACACCGCUGAGACCUCCACAGCCCUGGUCCGUUCGGUUCCAAACUACCGAACGGCCCCUCGUUCGGUAAAUAGAAAAUACCGAACGAGGGGAUUCAGGCGAACCCUCCCUAGCCUCUAUAGCUAGAGGCUUUCGUGUAUUUUAUUCCCUUAUGCCAGGACCGACCGCAAGGCCCAUUCACAUGGAACCGAAUUCGGCUAUCUCUGUUCGUGCGGUCGGUCAUUUUAUUCCCUCCAUACGUUUCCCGAACCCCUGGUCCGAUCUGGGUGAUUUUUGGAUAUGUUGUUCACCCAGAUCAGGGCUAUCAGGGGGUGUAGGAUUUAAAGGGGUACCCCUACGUUUAGGGGUACAUCCAGAAACGGGGGGAAUUGGUGUGCUGGAUAAGGGGAUUAUGAUGCUGGCUGAGGGGAGGGGAUGUGUGGGAGGUUACCAGGACAGGAUUGGCUACUGUAAUAAUUACUGUAAUCCCUCCCUUGCAUGGGAGCAUGCUUUAUAAGGAGACUGCGAUUAAAGGCUUGUCAGUUAUGCUCCUGAAACUGUGUGUCGUCCAGUUAUUGGGAUUGCUGUUGGGAUAUUGCUGUAUUUUACCUGCUGGAAACCCUGCCUUUGGAUUUACUAUUUACUUGUUCCUGAGUCUCACUUGGAUUAUAAGCGGAGAUAACCUGGGUAAUAUUGCAUCUCCGCUACAUUGGUUGGCAGCGCUGGGAUCCAGACUCACAGAGGAACAAGCCUAAAUGGAGUACGGAUGGAGAUUGAUUUUGCCACACUAAAACGCUCCACGCUAAAAGACCUUCUGGAGGCAAGGGGUAUCCAAGCCAGCAAUAAGACAAAAGCGGCACUUAUCACUGAACUGAUGGCGGAGUACCGAAUGGAAGGCGAUUCGGUUCCCGAACAGGGGAAUUCGGGAGAAACACCGGAACAAAGGGAGUUCCAGAGGCAGGUACAAUUUCGGCUGUCUUUCUAUGGGGAACACCCUCCAACAGAGAUUAUUUCCAAAACGAUAACGGAGGUCCAGGAAUUUAUACUGAGGAGUCAAACAGCGGCCCCAGAACGCAGCUCUGCAGUAAAUAUGCCACAAGAAGGUAAGCCGAAAAUACCAUACCAGGCUUUUAAAACAUAUGUGGAGGCAGAGGAAGAUAUAGACGCUUUCCUGCAAGAUUUCGAGAGACUGUGUGCACUGCAUAGAAUCAGCGCAGAGGACUGGGUACCUAUUUUGGCAGGGAGGUUAACUGGGAGGGCAGCUGAGGCAUACCGGACUGUACCAAAUGAUGAAAUACGGAAUUACCACAAAGUGAAAGAAAUUAUAUUGGCCAGGUAUGCUAUAACACCAGAAGCAUACCGGCGGAGAUUCAGGGAUUUAAAGAAGGUGGAGAAAGACUCACAUGCUGAGUGGGCAUGCAGACUACAACGAGCAGUCUUGGGGUGGGUGCAAGCGAGCAAGGCACGGUCUAUGGAGGAUGUAUUGCAAAUGGUACUGCUGGAGCAAUUUUAUGAAGGAGUAACCAGCGAGGUACAGGAGUGGGUAAGAGACAGAAACCCUACCUCCCUUACCGAAGCAGCCAGGAAGGCAGACGAGUACCUGGAUGCACGCAGGCAGCAAAAACCUGCAGCUCCAAAAGUACCUUUUAAAACCUUUGGGGGAACCAACUACACGCCAGCUCUACCAAGGUCACUACCACCACCACCACCACCCGCUGCACAGCCACGUUUCCGCCAGCCCACGUCGGGCCCUUGGCACCACUGCCAGAAGUGGGGACAUUAUAAAAGGGAAUGCCCCCAGUUGCGGGACCGUUCCACCUGGAUCCGACCCGGUCCACCACCACCACCGAGAGCCGCCACAGCCCAUCACUACCAGGACAUCGUGGCCACACCGUAUGGUUCAGCAGUUCCCAUCACAACCGUAGAACAGUGGGAGGUACUGCACGAGGCAGAUCCAGUCCAGGCUAACGCAGACAACCGCCAGCACCACAGGCAGACCGUGUAUCUGGAGGGUAAAGCGGUUCAGGGGCUACGUGACUCAGGAGCCACCAUCACCCUGGUAAAAAGUCACCUGGUCUCAGACCAAGCUAAACUUAGUAAGACUGUGGCCGUCAGGGUAGCCGGGGGAGCAGUAUACCGGCUACCCACAGCAAGGGUACAUUUGCAUUGGGGAGCGGGGGCAGGGCAUGUGGAGGUGGGGUUGAUGCCGCAGUUACCGGCGGAGGUUUUAUUGGGGAACGAUCUGGGGAGGCUCACAUCUGCUUUUGAGCCCCAGACACCCACCACAGGAGAAGCUCACCCUGUGGUCACUCGACAACAGGCCCACACCCAGGACUACAACACACUCCCGGAGGUCCAGGUAAGAGAUCCUUCCCCUUUCCCUGACUGUGUUCCCUGGGCCCCUCCUAACGAAUUUGCAGCUGAGGUAGUGACUGACCCCACCUUGCAGGUGUAUAGGGACAAGGUGACAGCAGACACGCCUGGGGGGGAGGGCGAAAGGUUUAUUUGGGACAACCAGCUGUUAUAUCGGGAGACGGAUAAGCAGGUAUCCGGGUCAGACCCGAUUGUGAUGAGGUAGUUAGUGGUACCUCAGCGGUACCGGGCGGAGUUACUGCGGAUAGCCCAUGACAUUCCGCUAUCUGGACAUUUAGGGGUCAGCAGGACCCGAUACAGGUUAACCCAAAGUUUCUUUUGGCCGGGAAUUAGCCAGGAGGUGCGCAGGUAUUGCAACACGUGCGAUACCUGUCAAAGGGUGGGGAAAAGGGGGGACCGGCGCAAGGCCAAGUUACAUCCCUCCCCAUAAUCGAGGAACCCUUUAGCAGGGUAGCAGUUGACCUAAUAGGACCCCUCAACAAAGCAAGCCCGUCAGGUAAAAGAUUUAUCCUGACCGUAGUAGAUUAUGCCACUAGAUAUCCAGAGGCGGUGGGCCUGACGAAUAUACAGGCUGAGACAGUAGCGGAAGCCCUGAUGAAGAUAUUCUCCCGGGUGGGACUCCCCAGGGAGAUUGUCUCCGAUCAGGCACCCAGUUCACCGCCGAAGUCACGCAGCGCCUCUGGAAGUUUUGUGACAUUAAGCCGGUCAUUAGUUCCCCCUACCACCCCCAGACGAAUGGGCUCUGCGAACAUUUCAACGGUACAUUGAAACAAAUGCUCCGAACCUUCGCAGAGACCCACAAGGACUGGGAGAAGUUCCUGCCACACCUCCUCUUUGCUUACCGGGAGGUGCCGCAGGAAUCCACUGGGUUCUCCCCGUUUGAACUACUGUUUGGCCGCAGGGUACGAGGGCCUUUAGAUUUGAUCAGAGAGUAUUGGGAGGGAGAACGGAGCACUGACGGUACCCCCAUCAUACCCUAUGUGUUGGCAUUCCGAGACCGCCUUGAGGCCUUAACUCAGACGGUACGCGAGAAUUUGCAGGCGGCUCAGACACGCCAACGCACAUGGUAUGAUCGGGGCGCCAGGGACCGUAGCUUUCUGGUCGGGCAGAAGGUGUUAAUCUUAAAACCGGUCCGACACGAUAAGCUGCAGGCCGCCUGGCAGGGCCCUUAUAAGGUGGUGGAACAACGGUGUGACACCACUUAUAUAAUCGGCUCGUGCGUUGGUACUGGGGGGCGAUGCAUGCUCCAUGUGAACAUGAUGAAGCCCUACCAGGAGCGCUCGGAGGAAGUGACCGCUAUAUGUGCGCCUAACUCCAAGGAGUUUGACAGUUUACCUCUCCCGGAUCUGCUGGGAGAGGGUCAGUUAUCCGGGGACUUAGGGGAGGUCACCCUGGGGGAUCGGUUGAGCCCACAGGAGCGGAGCGAGGUACAACAGCUGUUGAGGGAGAAGCAGGAUAUCUUCUCUAAUGUACCUGGUUACACUCCACUGGCCACUCACCGAGUAGACACCCCAGGGCAACUUCCCAUGCGUCAGACCCCGUACCGCAUCCCAGAAGCGGUACGGGCGAACAUGCGCAAGGAGAUAGAUGAGAUGCUCCAGCUGGGGGUGAUUGAGCCCUCGGACAGCCCCUGGGCAUCUCCGGUAGUCCUAGUACCAAAGCGGGAUGGCACGACCCAGUUUUGUGUAGACUACCGGAGAUUAAAUGAGAAGACGGUAUCGGACGCCUAUCCUAUGCCCAGGAUAGACGAACUCCUGGAUCGGAUGGCAAGGGGGCACUAUCUUACCACAAUUGACUUGUGUAAAGGGUAUUGGCAAAUACCCUUGGCACAAGACGCCAUCCCUAAGUCGGCCUUUGUCACCCCAUUCGGCUUGUACCAAUUUAAGGUCAUGCCGCUUGGGAUGAAAAACGCCCCGGCUACUUUUCAGCGGAUGGUGGACCGCCUCCUAGAUGGGUUCCAGGAUUAUACCUGCGCAUACCUCGACGAUAUUGCCAUCUUCAGCAAUACCUGGCAGGAACACCUGACCCAUAUAGGAGCGGUCCUAGAUAGGAUUAGGGCCGCUGGUUUAACGCUGAAACCAGCCAAAUGCAGCAUAGGAAUGGCUGAAGUACAGUACCUAGGUCAUCGGGUAGGAUGCGGCAAGCAAAAGCCGGAACCAGCCAAAGUAGAGGCUGUAGCUCAAUGGCCCACCCCUAGGACUAAGACCCAGGUGUUAGCGCUCUUAGGAACGGCCGGAUACUACCGGAAAUUUGUCCCGAAUUACAGUGCCCUGGCCAAACCUCUCACCGACUUGACCCGUAAAAACCUACCCCGCCAAGUAACCUGGACCCCGGAGUGUGAACAGGCAUUUCAGUUGUUAAAAGAUGCAUUGACAAAUGCCCCUGUCUUGGCAGCUCCCAAUCCAACCAAACGUUUUCUUGUCCACACAGACGCUUCUAUGUUUGGAUUGGGAGCAGUAUUAAGCCAAGUCGGGGCCGAUGGCGGAGAACAUCCCGUGGCUUACAUCAGCCGGAAACUGUUACCUCGAGAAGUAAGCUACGCCGCCAUCGAGAAAGAAUGCCUGGCUGUGGUGUGGGCCCUGAAGAAAUUACAGCCAUAUUUGUACGGCCAAGCUUUUUCCCUGCUCACAGAUCACAACCCGUUAGUAUGGCUAAACUGGGUGGCUGGGGACAAUGCCCGGCUGCUGCGCUGGAGUCUGGCGCUGCAGCCCUUUGACUUUAAUAUCCAGUACCGCCCGGGUAAACAGAAUGGAAAUGCUGAUGGGUUGUCUCGACAAACUGACCUAGAGAAAUGAUCCGUGGGCCUCCCCGGACAUCCCCAAGCCGAUCCGUGUUGGAUCAGACUGUGUAUGCCGGCUUGUGGGCAAGGGGGAGUAGUGUAGCAGAUGGCACCAGGCGACCCUACAAGAAAUACUGUAUAAAGCUGCAUACGUGUAUCUGCUGUAAUUUCUGUGUAUUUAAAAAGAAUUGUAUUCCUCUGAUUGUUCGGUAGUUUCAUUCCCUUAGUUUAUUCGAAUGAAAAUACCGAACAACCAGACCUCCCCUGUGUGAAGUGUGUCCUCAAUUACCCGUUGCAACAUUGUUGCGAACGGGUAAUUGAAUAGUAAGUAGCCGCCCUUUGUUCUCGGGGGUGGCCACCAUUCGACAACGGGUCACGCGUAUGCCAUUUUAGGCCCUAACAGCGGUGGGUUUUGCCACGGCGCCCGGAAUCCAAAAUCGACACUCGAAAGUAGGGCGUAACACCGCCGAGACCUCCAUUGCCCGGGUCCGCUCGGUGCCCCAAAACCUAACGCUCCUCUGCUCGUAAAUAGAAAAAUACCGAAUCUAGGAUCUUGCGGGCUUUUAAUUCUCCUAGCCCCUAAGUAGCUAGUAGGCUGCAGUAUUUUAUUCCCUUUAUGCCAGGAUCACCGCGACGCCCAUUCACAUGGAACCAAUUCUCGCCAUUCUGUUCGUGCGGUCGGUCAUUUUAUUCCCUCCAUACGUUUCCCGAACCCCUGGUCCGAUCUGGGUGAUUUUUGGAUAUGUUGUUCACCCAGAUCAGGGCUAUCAGGGGGUGUAGGAUUUAAAGGGGUACCCCUACGUUUAGAGGUACAUCCAGAAACGGGGGGAAUUGGUGUGCUGGAUAAGAUGAUUAUGAUGCUGGCUGAGGGGAGGGGAUGUGUGGGAGGUUACCAGGACAGGAUUGGCUACUGUAAUAAUUACUGUAAGUUCCUCCCUUGCAUGGGAGCAUGCUUUAUAAGGAGACUGCGAUUAAAGGCUUGUCAGUUAUGCUCCUGAAACUGUGUGUCGUCCAGUUAUUGGGAUUGCUGUUGGGAUAUUGCUGUUUUUUACCUGCUGGAAAACCUGCCUUUGGAUUUACUAUUUACUUGUUCCUGAGUCUCACUUGGAUUAUAAGCGGAGAUAACCUGGGUAAUAUUGCAUCUCCGCUACAAUAGUAUUUUAUCUUUCUGCAGAAACUAAUAUUAUCUGUACUCAGAAAAAUGUUUUCAAUGUUGAAACCACAGUCUUUACUACUGAAUUCAAAGCGAUCUCAUUGUGGAACAUAAGAUUGUCCCAAAAGAAGAAAUGGUAAUGGACGACUCAAAAGGCCGAAGUAGACCUGGUAAGUACUUAACUUCCUUCCUGAAAUACGUGUAUAAAUGAACUGAACAAUUAAACAGGAACACCUCGCAAAAACAUACAUACAUUAACCGGAGUGAGAGUUCCUGCAAGAUAUCUCCAGGUCUAGGUCUCCACAGAAAAUCCUGUGAUUAGAAUACACACCUUUAGUUGUACUAGGAGAUCUUCUGGCCUGCUUCUAGUACCAUUUACAGUCUACUGUCUGAAUCUUGCAGAGUGUGGCAGACUUCAUGUCAUUCAGUGCUGAUUUUGACCAGUCAGAAGAGACUAUGAAGAGUCUGGCACAUAUGUCAAGUAAAAAUUUUGGAUGUAUGUAGUGUAGCAAGUAAUAUUCCCUCUUUCCUCUGGGACUUUAUUAUGUUUCAAAUUUAUUUUCUAACGAGCAACCAUCCAUCAAUCAAAACAGAACAGCAAUGCAACUUAUAUUAAUCAACAAAAAGAUAACCUACAGACAGAACAGAGAUUAUAUAGGAAAACCAAGAUUGAACCCACGAGGGCUGCUAAAAGGUAACAUGAGAAUUAAGAAAAGUGUUUAUUUCUUCAAAAAGCAGGUCAAUAUGAAUGAUAUUACUGUGUGUUGCUAGUUUAAACACUUUUCAGAAAUGAAGCUUAUUGAGAACUAAAAGAACCUUCUUUGUUUGUCCUUCUUCUCUGUGAUUUUUCCCUUGCAGUUCACUGUUUUUCCUGUUGUCCCUGUACACUUUCCAGCUUUCCUUGCUCACACUUUUUUUUUUGUAUCCAUCUCUACAGUUUAUGGCUUUUCCUUGAUACAUUCGCUCCCCCAAUUCUGCUUGUAGCUCCUCUUCCCUAAUAGAAUUUAAUUAAGGGGUCAUUCUCUUUCUGUCAAUCCAUUUUGUGGUGAUUCCUUCCAUCUCUUCCCACUUUAACCUAAGUUCCAUGUUCUAAACCUUCUGUACUCAUUGAGCACCAUUUUUGUUUACUGUCUGUUAUUGAUGACACCUCAAAUAAUGAUCAGCCAGCAGACAGAGUAAGACAUUGAACACCACAUUUACCCUCUCAAAGUACCCCAACGGCAAUCCUCAGGCUUAGCAUAGCAUUAGAUAAGGCAUGCACAAUUUUUACAAUUUUUUUAUAUUAUGAACAAGAGAUAAAAUUAUGUUGCGGACUAGGUGCAAACGUAUAAAGGUGAGUUGUUUUGCUAGGAGACAUGCUAGGUUAGGUAAUAUACACAAAGAGCAUAAAAAAAUAAGUUUACGGGAACGGGAGGUAGCCCUCUUGAGACUGGGGACAAACAUUGCUAAACAACAUGGUACAUAUUACGUAUAUGCAUGUUGGCUGGUGUGGCGAAACCGGCCUCGCCACGUGCUGCUUGCUCACCUCUUGCCUUUGGACUAUGGACCAGACUUUAUGUGAAUGUGUUAACCCAGAUAGCUAUGCCAUGGAGCCCAUUCGUGUAGUUAAAGACUUCGGCUCCAUGGCAAUUGAACUGUGUGAAUAGGAUCUGAGCGCUAUUCGGUAGUUUUGUGCGCUCAGAUCCCAGCUACCUGGGGAUAUGUGAAAUGUCUGUGUGUUAUGUGUAAAAGGUGACUUUAUGUAUUUUAAAGUGUUUUAUGUCUUUUUGCAACCAUGUGCUCAAUGGAGUCUGCCUCUAUCCCUGGAUAAUUGGAUUACUUUCCCCAUUGUCUCCAGGAUAGAGGGCUCUGUAAAACCUGUUUGAGCCAGAUAGCCAUGUGCCAGCCAGGGCCCAAAAGAUACUUUUACUAACUUUUGAACCCCUGGUCGGAUUCAUGCCAUUUUUUAAUAUGUUGUUCCCCUGAAUGGAUUGAUUGUGAAUAUGUAAUUUUAUGUGAAUGUGAUGUAUGGUUUUAAAGUUAUGAAAGUUGGGUAGAAAGUAUGUUUUAACUGUAUGUGUAAUUGAGUUUCCUCUCAGGAUAAGGGGAGGGAAUAUGUGGGAUGUAACUGAUAUGUGAUUGGUUGUUUUAUACCUCCCUGUGGGCGGUCCUGUAUGUGAAAGGCUGUAAUAAAAACCAGGCUGGGUGUGCCAGCACGAGAGUUCCUGUUUUAACCCUCAAAGUGAAGUGUCGUCUCAUUAUUGGGGGAAGGAUUUAUUGUAUGCUGUUCCAGUUUGACUGCUAGGAGAGUAAACCUAUUCGUAUGGUUCCUAUUCAACUGUCUACAGCAUUCAUAUGCUUGGGAGAAUUUAUUUGUUUCUCCGGUUCGGUGAUUGUGGUGUCUGCAAGAGUGCUUGGAGUCCUCAGGAAGCGCUAGGAGCAUCCUUCAACGGAGGUACCCAGUCGGGGUGCCAGGCGAUCCGUUACAGCUGGCUUAGAGGCUUAAGUUCGGUUUCAAUGGGUAUCUCUGGGUAGCAGGUCAGGCAAACUGAGUAUUGGGGGUAAGCUGUGAACUAGACGGCCUGUAGCCAUAGCCUCAGGCGGCUCAACCAAUGCCCACUAGUGGCAGCCUGCCAAAUCUGAGAAACCUGAGUUCGUCUUGCUGUAGGUGAGAGCACCACCGGUCCCAAGUGCCUGUGUGGUCUUGUACUUCACUGACAACUCCGCCACAUAGUUCAUUAACUGGGUCAUGGCCUCCAGGCUGUCUCAGUGCCCGUGAGUUGUAGAGCCAUAUGUGAGCUCUCCGACUGAGCGUCAUGCCAGCUUGGAGUCAGCUCCCUUGUGUGUGCCAUGCAGGGAAGCAGCUCCGAGGUGGGAAGGUGCGUGUUUGGUGACGUUGUGCUGCUCUGCAUUUCGGUGCAUGGGGAGUCUGCUGUUGGGCCCGUCGGCUAGAUGGUCACUUCUCCAUGUGAGCACUCGGUUGAUAAGCUGCCGUUUCAGCUCCAGUCUCCUGUGUGGUAGGUAUAACUAGGUGGGUGGCGUUAUGCUCUGCACGCCUCCAGAAUCUCUGCAGAUGCGGUCAAACUGAGCUUCAAAGCACUGUCUCCACGCCUCUGUCUCUGGGCUUUCUUGUGAUUGCAAGGGUUGGUCCUCGGCAGCCAUCUUGGGCCCGACAUGCGGUCUGCAUUCCGGCCGAGUGAUUUAAAGAUGUAAGCCUGUUGGUUUCCCCAGCGGGGACCGGGAUAACCCCCACCGGUUCAGAUUGGGGGGGGGAUUUGCGGGUCAUCAGGAGAGCUGCUGCUUUUAGCGGUCCCCUUGGCAGGAGAUUGGAUGCCUUUCCUGGCCACUGGGCCACUUUCCAUGUUAGGCCUCAUAUGUGUAGUGUGGAGCGUUCACUCCAGAAUUUCACGAGGUGGGUGUCCACAGGUCUCCACUUGGUUCAUUACUGUUGUUUUGCUGAGCUAGGCUGCUUUUGUUGGGAUUGUGGCAUAUAUUUGCCAAUAUAAUGCUGCAUUUAUUUUGGAGCUCUCUGCAAGCAGGGCCGUCUUUAACGCGGGGCAAACGGGGCAGCUGCCCCGGGCCCAGUUGCUCCUGGGCCCCGCGAUUUGCGCAGCCCCUAUGGACCGGGCGGUGCGGCUCCCGCACACUGAGGAGGCUCCCCGGGUGGCCCAUGCACUAAGGGCCACCUGGGGAGCAUGUGUCAGCAGGGGCCCGGUCGGGCGCUGUGGCACUUAAACAGCGCAACCGGGCCCCUCUUCCGGUUCUGCAGCCGGCUGAGAGGAAGUGACGUCACUUCCUCUCACCGGAGAUAGCUGCGCGGGAGGAGGAAGGCAGGGAGGAGGGGUGUUCCAGAGGAGAACUCCCAUCUGCCUCAGCCUGCCACUGGACCAGGGAAACCACCCUCCAGAAAAAGGUAAGAACCUGGAGGGUGGCUAAAUGUAUGUCAGUAGGUCUGUGUGUGUGUGUGUGUGUAUGUCUGUGUGUAUGCCAGUAUGUCUGUGUGUGUGUGUGUCAGUAUGUCUGUGUGUAUGCCAGUAUGUCUGUGUGUGUGUCUGUGUGUGUAUAUGUCUGUGUGUGUGUGUCAGUGUGUAUGCCAGUAUGUCUGUGUGUGUGUGUGUGUGUGUAUGUCUGUGUGUAUGCCAGUAUGUCUGUGUAUGUGUGUGUGUGUCAGUAUGUCUGUGUGUAUGCCAGUAUGCCUGUGUGUGUAUGCCAGUAUGUCUGUGUAUGUGUGUGUGUGUCAGUAUGUCUGUGUGUAUGCCAGUAUGUCUGUGUGUGUGUAUGUAGGUAUGUCUGUGUGUGUGUGUGUACGUGUGUGUCAGUAUGUCUGCCAGGAUAUAUUUGUGUGUCAGUGUAUGUGUGUGUCAGUAUGUAUCUGUGAAUGUUUUAAUGUCUGUCUGUGUGUAUGUGCCAGUACGCCUGUCUGUGUGUAUGUCAGUAUGUCUGUGUGUGUGUGUCAGCAUGUCUUUGUGUGUCAGUAUGUCUGUGUGUGUAUGUAAGUAUGUCUGUGUGUGUAUGUGUGUGUCAGUCAGUAUGUCUGUCAGUGUAUGUGUCUGUGUGUGUAUGUAUGUAUGUAUGUCUGUGUGUGUGUGUCAGUAUGUCUGCCAGGAUAUAUGUGUAUGUCAGUGUAUGUGUGUGUCAGUAUAUAUCUGUGAAUGUUUUAAUGUCUGUCUGUAUCAGCCGUUACGUCAGUCUGUGUAUAUGUCAGAAUGCCUGUGUGUGUGUGUCAGUGUGUAUGUCAGUAUGCCUGUGUGUGUGUGUCAAUGUGUCUGUCAGUGUAUGUGUCUGUGUGCUUUAGUAUAUCUGUCAGUGUAUGUGUUUGUGUGUGUGUGUCAGUAUAUUUGUUAAUGUAUGUGUCUGUGUAUGUAUGUAUGUCUGUGUGUGUGUCAGUAUGUCUGCCAGUAUAUAUAUGUGUGUAGUGACUGUGUGUGUCAGUAUGUAUCUGUGAAUGUUUUAAUGUCUGUCUGUGUGUGUAUGUGCCAGUACGUCUGUCAGUGUGAUUGCGGGUUGGACGUAAUUGGGGGUGAGGCAGUGGCAGGGACAGGGCCCAUAGGGCCCAAGAAAAUGCAUUGCCCAGGGUCCUAAUCAUAUUAUAGACGGCCCUGUCUGCAAGCAUGUCUGACAUAAGUCUCCUUGUUCGCUAAAAUGCCCAUAAUUGCUUUUGUUUCUGCAUUGUAUUAUAUAAGUGGGAGAGUUAAAGAGCACUAGAGUUAAGUCAUCAUUGCAUAUGUUUAAAUAUGUAUUAUAAUACAAUUAAUAUGGCUAUGGCAAGCCCACCACCCCUUGGUCUGCAGGUUCUGUUCCUGGCAUUUGGUAAUCAGGAGGCGUGCGUGUCCCAUUCUUUCCCAUAUCUCACCUUCCUUUUAUGAGUGAAAUGCCACAUUGACAUCAUCAUUUGCAAGAGGGAGCGCCCGUAUUAUCAUGCGCAGCUGCCACAUCAGAGCUCAAAACAUCCUCUCACAUUUGCAUGUUCAGAAUUGCUUCUAGUCUCUAUUUUAUUUUUAACAUUUUUUUAAUAUUGUUUUUUAUUGGAAGUUAUUUUCAUGUUUAAAGGGAUACAGAAAAAAAAAGGGUAAGGGAACAAUAUCAUUGAAUCAAGCACAGGCAUUACAGCGUUUUACAUCCUUGUAAAGCAUAUUGAUUUACACCUACAAUCGCCUUAAAGGAACAAUCUAGGCACCCAGACCACUUCAGCUUAAUGAAGUGGUCUGGGUGCCUGGUCCAGCUAGGGUUAACCCAUUUUUUCAUAAACAUAGCAGUUUCAGAGAAACUGCUAUGUUUAUGAAUGGGUUAUCAAAUCAGUGGCUGUCUCAUUGACAGCCGCUGGAGGCGCUUAGGUGCUUCUCACUGUGAUUUUCACAGUGAGAGAGCAUCGCCAGCGCCCAUAGAAAGCAUUGUGAAUGCUUUCCUAUAAGCGACAGUUGAAUGCGCCGCCAGCAGCUCUUGCCGCCGCCGCGUAAGCAUUCAGCCGAAUUGGCGGAGAGGAGGAGGAUCGGAGGAGGAGAGCUCCCGGCCCAGCGUUGGAAAAAGGUACGUUUUUACCCCUUUCCCCUUUCCAGAGCCGGGCAGGCGGGGGUCCCUGAGGGUGGGGCACCCUCAGGGCACUAUAGUGCCAGGAAAACAAGUAUGUUUUCCUGGCACUAUAGUGGUCCUUUAAGGAGCCAGCCAGGACACAAUAAUUGAGGCUUAGUUCUAGAACCAAGUAACUACUCUUGUUGCCACCAGUUCACUUUUCUGUGUUUGUUGGGGUCAAGGAGCGUCUGUCUAGGCUAGUCUGGUUAGGACUGUGUCCCUCUUUCAAAAGUAACUUGUUUACGGCUGUGUAAGUGCUCUUGUGUCAGUGUCAAUAUGGUUUGCACAAUCAUAAAUGUUGAAGGGGGGAUUUAAUUUAGUUCUUUAAAUUCUUUUCCACUGUCCAUUAGAUUAGGCAUUUAAAUACUAAGAAGGGAAUUUAAUUUGGGGUGGAGGAGCAAUGAGUAGAAUCUCUCCUGCAAACACCUCUUACCCUUCUGUCUUUUUCUACAGUCCAAGUGCAGCCUUGACAAAAAAAAUGAUAUGUCCAAUACUGAUAUUUGUUUUAAACAAAAUUGCAAAAAAAAUAAAUUUCAAUUAGCCAAACUAGAUUGCAUUAUAAACUAUUUGAUAUUUAAAACUAAUGUCACUAAGCAAGGUGUCAGUCUGAAGAUUGACUUUAACCUUUAAACCAAAAUUAUACCAACAUUAUAUUACAUCAAAUUAGAUUUUUACAUUACAUGUUUUUCUUUAAUAGAUUGUGACAUCAUGUCUGAACAUGAUCAACAAUUAUCAUCAAGUCUGAAGUUGGACAAUAUACCUCAGAAAGAGCGUAAAAACCAAAAUGUAAGACUUUCUGUGAUUGUGGAAUCUACUCCUGAUCUCAGAGUGGCAGACACAAAUGUUUGCCACCAACAUGAAAGCUCAAGGAGUCAUUAUGCAUUGGAUAACAAGGUAAACAUACACCAAUGCCCUAUUUCCAAGACCAAACUCGACAAUGUCUACAAGAGCAGUGAAAGUAGUGAGAGUUCUUUGGACGAAUCAGACUGUAAAAGAAAUGUACCUUACAAAAGGUGUGUGUGCAAUGAUUGUGGAAGACGCUUUAAUUAUAUUUCACAUCUAAUUACACACCAAAGAUCUCACACUGGAGAGAGGCCCUUUUCAUGUCCUGAAUGUGGAAAAAACUUUGGCAGAAAGUCCUGUCUUGUAAUACAUGAGAGAAUCCACACAGGGGAGAAACCUUACAAGUGUACGCACUGCAUGAAGGGGUUCACAAGCCGAGCCACUCUCUCUACUCACAUAAGAAUCCAUACAGGAGAGAGACCUUAUGUAUGCUGGGAAUGCGGUAAAAGCUUCACCAGUAACUCUUCUCUGUUUAUUCAUAACAGAACUCACACGGGAGAGAAACCCUAUGAAUGUAGCCAGUGUGGGAAGACCUUUUCUUGCACAUCCGCUCUUGUCACUCAUCACAGAACACACACGGGAGAAAAGCCAUAUGUUUGUGGCGAAUGCGGAAAGUGUUUUGUCGAUAACUCAAGACUUCAUAAACACCAAGCGACUCACACAGGAGAGUGGGCAUACAUGUGUGUUUUGUGUGGGAAAGGGUUCACUUGUAUCUCGAAACUCAAGGUGCACCAGAGAUCACACACAGGGGAGAGACCGUAUUCUUGCAAUGAAUGCGGGAAGAGCUUUACUCAUAAUUCAUAUCUGGUUAGACAUCAAGCUAUACACACAGGAGAACGUCCAUUUGCUUGCUCUGAAUGUGGCAAAGGUUUUACCCGUAAGGAACACCUUGUUACACAUCAGAAAAUUCAUACCCGGACAAAGCAAACUAUAAUUUCAAUGUGAAAAUAACACUUGACUGUCAAGCACACGGAUCUGCAUGUUGAAAUAAUGUGGAACCAUAUUUAAGAAUGUUACGUAUUGUAUAUAUUGUAACAUUAUAAGAAAAAAAUGGCAAAGUAGACUGAAUAAAGAUAUACUUUACAAUAUAUUUAACAGAUUUACCCUGACAUUCCGUUUCUUUUGCUGAGACCACUUAUUUUCUGAUUCUUUAAAUUUAGAUGCUUUACCCUAGAUAGCUAUAUGAAUUCGGCAACCUUAAUAAUGAUUUAAGCAUUUUAGCUGCAUCUAUUGCUGACAGAUGAACCACACAGUCAUGCAUUUUCUCUAGUGGCAAUAGUGUCUACUGUACUUCAGAGGCGACAAUCAUUGUGGUGUUGUCAUAUGAUAUCCUAUAUGUCAUCCUAUAAGCAGAUAACUUAUUGCCAAAAAAAGUAACAGACCUUAUUAAAAAGAGAGGUUUCCUAUAUGAAAUCAAUUUCUACCAUCAUCCAGGUGCUGGACUAAUGAAAUAAAACACAAUAUUCCUAUAAGUGUGAAAAAUUUUCUUUAUUCCAGAUAAUGCUGACUCCCACAAAUGCAGCUGAAUCCACAAGACUGUGCCAAAAACACCUUGUAUAUCACAGGCUAUAGUCCAUAAUUUAUCUUUUGCUGUGUGAUUCCAGCGUUCAAGCUUUUACCAGUGUGAAACGCUUUACCAAGAUGGAUACGGUGGUAGAUUUAUUGUUCAGUAGCCAAUAUGGGUGUCGGACCAGGUUUGAGUACCAAAUAUUGUGACCUCUAGCAUGUAAGCUCAUUGAGCAGGGCCCUCAACCCCUCUGUUCCUGUGCGGUUCCAUUUGUCCGGUUACAAUUACGUGUCUGUUAGUCCGCCCAAUGUACAGCGCUACAGAAUUUUAGGCACUAUAUAAAUAAUAAAAAAAAUAAUAAUAAUAAUAACCAUGUAGAUUCAAAAAUAAAUGGUAUUGCCAUCCAUUUAUUCACCUAAAUUGGUGAAAACAAAAUGUAUUAAAGCCAGUUGCUUGAAUGUGAUAAUCAGCUCUUCGCCCAAAUUUAAUCUGUUACUAAUAACAUUACAUACAUUGAUGUCUUUUCUCUCUGUUAAUUAAAUAUAUAUAUCUUUUAAAUGCCACCCUUAUUUCUUUGUUCCUCAGACUAUAAAUAAUAGGAUUAAAUAACGGAGUCCCCACAGUAUAAAUCAAGGAGAGAACUUUGUUUGCAUUUAAUGAAUGUCCACUAGAAGGAAUCACAUAGAGCGUGACCAGUGUCCCAUAGAAAGUAAUUACAACAGCCAAGUGGGAGCUGCAGGUGGAGAAUGUUUUUUGUCUCCCGGACGUUGAUGGUAUUUUGAGAAUAGCCAUAAAAAUGCAGACAUACGUUAUAGUGAUGAUUAUCGCCGGAAACAACGUUAUUGGAGUUCCCAGUAAAAUGUUCUCUAACCUCACUAUGAAGGUGUCUGAGCAAGAAAGUUGCAGAAAUGGAAGUAAAUCACAGAAAAAAUGAUCAAUAAUGUUUGAUCCACAGAAAUUUAACUGACUCACUAGUAUCACAGUUAUAAAGGAAAUUAUAAAACCCAACAGCCAACAAGAAACUGCAAGCUGAGGACGAAGUUUGUUGCUCAUAAUCGUGGUAUAAUGCAAUGGACUGCAGAUAGCCAGAUAACGGUCGUAGGACAUCACUGUAAGAAGAAGACAUUCUGUACCCAAGGAAAGUCCAAAGAAUUGAAGCUGGACUAUACAGGCUCGUAGAGACAUUCUUUUCCCACCAUUUAGUAUGAUGCAUAGCAUGUUGGGGACAAUAUUUGUGGUCAGUAUGAUAUCGGUUAGCGAGAGAUGACCAAGGAAGAAAAACAUUGGAUGUCUCAAGUUUGGACUCACUGUCACCAGUGUUACAAUCAUGAGAUUUCCAGUCAACGUCAUGGUGUAUAGCACAAGGAACAGAAGGAAGUAAGGGAUCUUAAAGUUGUAAAGUACUUUGAAUCCCAGUAGAAAUAUUUCUUUAACCGAGGUCUGGUUUUCUUCAGUCAUAAUUUGUUGCUGUGGGCUUGUCAAAUUAUCUUUCUUAUUUAAUGUGAUUUCCGGUACAGUAUUGUUAAUUACAAUUGAUUUUACACAUCAACAAGUAAAUCCUAGGAAGAAAAUAAAUUAUAGGGUCACUUUAAGUGUCGGAAAAACUUUGUAUCAUAGCAUAGUUCAUGGUGCAUAGAUUGAGUUGCCUAAUUCCAAUCCCUGUGUUCAGAUUGAUUUAUAUAGCUCCAGUUUGUAAACUGGACCUCUCCCUGGAUCAGUGAUGUUAAAGGAAUAUUUUUUUUCUUCUUACAACAGAAAGAUGGUUUUACUAAACAAUCAGAAAUAUAUUUGUUAUCAAGUAUUAAAUACACCUUCAAUGAGUGUCAGGGUUGGUUUGUUUGGAGUACACAUCUUAAAAAUCUAAGUGUAGUAUAUUGGAUGGAAUUUGAUGAAUGACAUUUCUUUUACAGGAUUAUUCCCUUGCACCCUUGCUAUAGUUCGAAAUUGAAAGAGUAAAGGAAUGUGCUGGUUCAUUACUACUUGAAUGGGUGAGAUGGUAAGCGUGGAUCAAGAGGUAGCAGACGUUUUGGAAAAUCUGAUGACUUCUGGUUAGAAAAUUAAUCUCACAAAAUAUGUGGUAGAAUAAAGUCUUAUAAACAUUCCCAAAAUGUAUUUACGUUGCACACAAACCUGAUAUAAAAUAGAUCUGUGUGGCUGUCUAUAGUUUUUUUGUUACAAUAUAAUGUUCAAAGGUUUGCAGGAAAAACAGCAAGAUGUGUGCUACACCUUAAAAAGCAGUAAAGAGGUUAGGUAUACAAUGGAAUGCAAUCUUUAACACACUGCAAGAUUUAUUUGCUCAUAUUUUAACCAUACGCCUAAACGGAAUGUAUAAAGAUCUCUAAGUGGGCUUUGCACAUGAGAAAAAAGGGACACAUUGCUACCGUUUUAUUCGUAUAUUUGAGACGUCUCUUACAGUGCAGAUAAUGCUAGGUACAAAAUGGUGAAGUAAAGUCAACAAAAGUAACACACUUUUGCACUGAAUUUUAAUCGGCCACAAAAUUAUAAUUAGAUAAAUUUACUAUUUUGCCAAACCUUGUACAAAUUGUGCAUUCCUCUAGGGAUUUUUUUUAUAUAUAAACCACAGAAUUUAAUUGCAUCACAAUUUCACUACUUUUCUCAUAGAUAUACGUUUAUACACAUUCCCUAAUGUGGUUCUUUUUGGUCACAUUUUGACCAAAACAUAUUGCUCUUUUUAAAUCACUCCAUCUUGCCAUUGUACUACAAUACUCAUGUGAUACCCUGCCAUCUGACCUCUGUCUGCCCAACUGUAAUAUUACAAAAUACAUUUAUUUCUACUGCUUCAACGGGUUCACGUGAUGUGAAAUAAUCUGGAUUUGGGAAUUAAUUAAUGAAUACACCAUAUGUAAAACAUACUUUUUUUUUUAUUUUUAACCAAGCUCAUAAUAAAAGUAAUAUGAAUAUCAUCACCACAGUGAAAACUGUACAAAAACAUGAAAACAUUGGUUAUUACGUUGGCUAGAAGCUGCUCAGUGACUUGUCUUACUUGCCAACUUUGGCAAGUAUGAUGUCAGGAGAAGAGGGGGAGUUAGGGUGGUGUGGAUAACAUUUUGUAUCAGUGGUGAUGUGUUUGAUUUCAAUGGGGCAGUAUUAUCAUGGCAUCCAUUAUUUCCCCUGACCUAGGCAGCCAAACACGGCUAGUGAUAUGGUGACUCUUGCAUAUGAGUUUAAAUACAUGUAUUAUUGUCUAUUACAGCUUGAGUGUAUUUAAUUGUGCUGAUUAUGUUCUGUAUGACACGAUAAGAUCAUGGCUGUACAGAUGUAUUUGGGAAUGUUGGCAAGUAUGUCAGACAUGCAUGUAAAAAUAUUUAUUCUUAUAAUGUUUUGUAUAGAAAAAAUUCUUACAAUUCAAUAAAUGUGUAACUUGGGAUUCACAAAUGUCUCAACUACUGAUUACACAAUGAAUUGUUUUUGUCACUUUAAACAUAAAACACUCUUUAAUGAUCGUCCUUUCAAGGCAAUAUUGUUAUGGUUUGAUAAAUAAUAUUCCAUCUUUUUGUUUUAUUUUAAAAAAAAACUGAUUGAAAUAAGUUUAUAUUUUUUUCAUAAAAAAACAGCAAAAAUCACUGUAAACAAAUGCUUACAUCUGAAACAGUGAAAAAAAUCAAGGUGUUUAAUUAGUAGUAACUGUGCGUAAAGAGAAAUAGAAAAAGCACUUUCUAUGCACUGUGCAUUGGAGUGAUAAAAUGUAAAUAUGUAUCAAAAUAAAAAUUGUCAAAUUGAAAAUAUAUAUAUAUAUCAAGACAGCAUUAUUUAUCUCCAAUGUUUUGCUUCUGUCUAUAUUGUCUGUUUGUGUGUCUACACUUUGCACUUGAACAUCACAACGCUCAAAAAAUAUUUAAUCUUCUUACCGUGCAUGUAGAGGUUCAUUGUAUGUGUUAUAAAUUUGUUGCGGAAUAUGCAGAUCCCAGAUGUUUGUAGAUAACUGAAAAGUUUUAUGCGAAAAUGCUUCUUUUGGAUAAUAUUAGUGAAAAAGUUUGCUGUAUUCUGCUAAACAUGCUUGAUCGAUGUUCCAAUGCCCCCAGCAUCCCUUACCCAAAUACCGUUUAUAUGUUUAAACCGAGCCAUGUAGUGAGUAUUAUGAUAUGUGGGGAAUAGGCAAGAAAUGCUCUUGGGUGAAAGGCCAAUUAGUGCAGGGACACAGGUGAAAUAAGCUUUAAAAUAUAUAUAUAGAAAACAAAUCAUAUGUUCAAUACUGAUGUUUAUGUUUUUAAAAAGUUGCAAAAAAUUGAGCCAAAGUAGAUUGCAUUUUAAACUGACUGAUACUUAAAACUAUUGUCAGUCAGCAAGGUGUCAGUAUGAAGAUGGACUGUAAGCUUUAAACCAAAAUUAUAUUAAUAUUAUAUAACAUCAAACUUGAUUUUUACAUCAUAUGUUUUCUUUAAUACAAGGUUUCCCCAAAGUGUGGGUCGCCGGGUGAUUCCCAGUGGGUCCCGCUGACCCACACCCAGUGGCGUACUCAAUCCAUGGGCCCCAGUGCAAAACUGAUCCAUGGGGCAUAAUAUACACACAGUGCAUCCACUGCACAUGCACUACAAUCAAACGCAAACAUUACAUACAAACACACCCCUGUAUUAAAACAUUAAAAUUAUAUACAAACACCCCUUCAUUUAAACACCAACACUACAAACAAAAGCACACCUGUAUUUAAAGUCAAACACUACAUACAAAGACACCCCUGCAUUCAAACGCAAACACUACACACAAGCAGUGGCGUACUAAGGGGGUGGGGAGGAGGGGGAGGUCUGCCCCGGGUGCCAGCAGGGUAGGGGGUGCCAUGACCCUGGUCUGGGGGCUGGAGGGGGCUGUGUGAGCUGUACGGUCUGACAGUGCCCCAUGAUAGUUAGGGUGCCGGGCGGCAAGAACAGCUCACACGCACAAGGAGCACCUGAACUGGCCGCACGGAAUGAGAGUGGGGACGGAGCUAAGCAAAAUCAGGGGUGGAGCCAAACUGGCAGCAGGGGCAGGGCUUAAUACAGCCCUUACCUGCUGCUGUUACUGCUGCACAUGGAGGUGCAGCAAGAUGGAAUCCCUGCUUCUCCACAGGCUUCAGGAUAGGAUUUCAGGGAAUCCAGUCCUCCUCCAGCCCACUGUCUGUAAGUAAGAGUGUUAGUCUGUGUGUGUGUGUGUGUGUGUAAAACUGUCUGCCUGUAACUGUGUGUGUAACUGUCUGCCAGUAACUGUGUGUGUGUGUGUGUGUGAGACUGUCUGCCUGUAACUGUGUGUGUAACUGUGUGCCUGUAACUGUGUGUGUGUGUGAGACUGUCUGCCUGUAACUGUGUGUGUAACUGUCUGCCUGUAACUGUGUGUGUGUGUGUGUCUGCCUGUAUGUGUGUGUGUAACUCUAUGCCUGUGACUGUGUGUGUGAGUGACUGUAUAUGUGACUGUCUGUCUGUAACAGUGUGUGUAACUGUCUGCCUGUAACUGUGUGUGUGACUGUCUUCCUGUAACUGUGUGUGUAACUGUCUGACUGUAACUUUGUGUGUAUGUGUAUGUGUGUGUGAGACUGUCUGCCUGUAACCGUGCGUGUGUUACUGUCUGCCUGUAACUGUGUGUGUGUGUGUGUGUCUGUCUGCCUGUAUGUGUGUGUGUGACUCUAUGCCUGUGACUGUGUGUGUGAGUGACUGUCUGUCUGUAAUGGUGUGCGUGACUGUCUGGCUAUGACUGUGUGUGACUACCUGUAACUGACUGUGUGUGUAACUGUCUGCCUGUGACUGUUUGUGGCCUGUAACAUCAGACUAUCUGUCUGUGACUGUGUGCAUGUGACUGUCUGCUGCUGCCGUGUGUGUAUGUGACUGUCUGCCUGUAACAGUGUGCAUGACUGUCUGUGACUGUAUGUGUGACUGUCUGCAUGUGACUGUGUGCGUGUGACUGUCUGCCUGUAACUGUGUGUGACUGUCUGCCUGUAACUGUGUGUGACUGUAUGCCUGUAACUGUGUGUGUGACUGUCUUCCUGUAAAUGUGUGUGUGGGGCUGCAGGGAUCUUGUAGAAGGGGGCAGGGGUUUUGUAUUGGGACAGGAGUCUUUAUAAGGGGGGAUAAGCAGGGGAUUUGUGGAAAGGGAUUGCAGGGGUUUUGUAGAUGGGGCAGUACAGGAUUUGUAGAAGGGGGCAGUACAGGGGUUUUGUAGGAGGGGGCGGGGCAGGACAAGGGUUUUGUAGGAGGGGCUGACAGCAGUUUUGCAAAGUUUAAAAAUUGUAAAAAAAAAGAAAACAUUUAAAAAAAUGUACAGGUUUUUUUUUUUGUGGGGGUGAGGGGGGCAAAGCGGUGCCAACCACAGGAUCCGCCCCAGGUGCCAAAUGCUCUAGGUACGCCCCUGCACACAAGUACACCACUACAUUCCAAUGGCAACAGUACAUACAAAUACACCCAUACAUGCACACAUAUUCUUCAUACAAAAACAUGCUUAUGCUCAAACACUGCUCACAAAUACAACCCUGCAACGAUGGGCAAAUGGAAGAUCCUCAGCUGGCAUAGCAUUGUUGAAGUUCUCCGACAGAUGGGGAUCCACCUUUUGUGUGUAGUGUUUGCGUUUGAAUGCAGGGGUGUCUUUGUAUGUAGUGUUUGACUUUAAAUACAGGUGUGCUUUUGUUUGUAGUGUUGGUGUUUAAAUGAAGGGGUGUUUGUAUAUAAUUUUAAUGUUUUAAUACAGGGGUGUGUUUGUAUGUAAUGUUUGCAUUUGAUUGCAGUACGUUUGACCACACUUGCACUAGAGGGGUUCCCAGAAAACAUACUUGCAUCAGGGCUCUCUCUCUUCGAAGGGACGGACCAAGUCCCGAGUGCGCAGCCCAAGGAACCCUAUUGAUAGCUGUGAUAUAUGGAAACCAGAGACUCACCUUGACAGCCCUACAUCUGCAAUCACCCAGAUACACAUUUGGACAUCCAUCUGGACAAACCUGGUCAAAACACCAUACCACGUUCCAGAGAUUGAACAACAUUCAGGACUUCCUAUAACAUCAGUGGUGGUGAGAUCUGUCCAAGAGCAUCCACACAUGGAUGCAUGUUUUUGUAUUUUUAGUGUAUAGUUUAGUUUAAUUUUUUUCACCACUUUUUCCUUUUUGCAUUUUUUUUCAAUUCUCUAAAAUAUUAUUUUCUUAAAUAAUUUUUCCUUUUUGUGUAUUUGUUGCAGACAGUGUUUCACUUACACAGUGGCCUUCUACAUUGCAAUAUAACAUUGGGGAUAUUUUAUUCAAUUAUGUUUUGUAUAUCACCCACGGUCUUGAAUUGCUGUGUCCAUAUAGGAUAUAGUUUUGUGUGAUAAUCUACUUUUUUGCAAUAUUUGUAUAUUUUCACAAAGAUUGUGAUAAAUCUGACUAAUUUCAAUAGGCAGAGUAAUAAUUAUAUAUUUACUUUAUAUCAGUUUUUGAGUGUGGUAUCAUACGCAUUUAUUGUAUAUGUCCAUGGUAUUUAAUGUGGGCUAACUUGAUACCUAGCACCACUAUGGAUAAGAGAGCGCCUGUACAUAUUGAAUUUCCCUCUCUACAUUAGUUCCACUUCUGGGAUACACAACGUGAGGUUGUUUAUGCAUCUAAAAGUGAUUGCCAUAGUGUGACAAUUUUAUGCAUCUAAAGCUGAUUUCCAUGGUGUGCCAAACUUAUGCAUCUAAAGCCGAUUGCCGUGGUGUGCCAAAUUUAUGCAUCUAAAGCUUCCAUGAUAUUCCACUUGUAUGCCUCAAUAACUGAUUGCCAUGGUGUGCCAAUUUUAUGCCUCUAGAGCUGAUUGUCAUGGUGUGCCAAUUUUAUACACCUAAAGUUGCUAUGAUGCACCAAGUUUAUGCAUCUAAAACUGAUUGCCAUGGUGUGCCAACUGUAUGCCUCUAAAGCUGAUUGCCAAGGUGUGCCAAUUUUAUGCAUCUAAAGCUGCCAUGAUGUUCCUAUUGUAUGCGUCUAAAGCUGAUUGCCAUGGUGUGCUAAUUGUAUGCCUCUAAAACUGAUUGCCAUGGUGUGACAAUUUUACGCUUCUAAAUCUGAUUGCCAUGGUGUGCCAAUUUUACACAUCUAAAGUUGCCAUGAUAUGCCAAGUUUAUGCAUCUAAAACUGAUUGCCAUGAUGUGCCACGUUUAUGCAUCUAUAGCUGCCAUUAUGUUCCAGUUAUAUGCCUCAAUAACUGAUUGCCAUAGUGUGCCAAUGUUAUGCCUCUAAAGCCGAUUGCCAUGGUAUGCCAAUUUUAUACAUCUAAAGUUGCCAUGAUGUGCCAAGUUUACGUAUCUAAAACUGAUUGCCAUGGUGUGCCAAGUUUAUGCAUGUAAAGCUGGUUGCCAUGGUGUGUCAAUUUUAUGUAGCUAAAGCUGAUUGCCAUUGUGUGCCAGUUGUAUGCCUCUAAAAAUGAUUGCCAUGGUGUGCCAAUUGUAUGCAUCUGAAGCUGAUUGCCAUGCUGUGCCAAUUUCACUCUUAUAAAAUUGAUUGCCAUAGUGUGCCAAUUGUAUGCCUUUAACAUUAUUGCCAUUGUGUGCCAACUGUAUGCCUCUAAAGCUGAUUGGCAUGGUGUUCAUUUUUAAAAUAUGCAUUAAAAGCAAGUGGGUCUUGGCCCAUAAAAGUUAGGGAAACCCUGCUUUAAUAGAUUGUGACAUCAUGUCUGAACAAGAUCAACAAUUAUCAUCAAGUUGAAAGUUAGAAAAUAUACCUCAGAAAGACCUAUAAAAACAGAAUAAUUCAAGACUUUCUGUAAUUGUGGAAUCUACUCCUGAUCUUAGUGUGGCAGACACAAAUGUUUGCCACCAAAAUGAAAAAUCAAGUACUCAUUAUGCAUUGCAUUGGAUAACAUACACCAAUAUCCUAUUUCUGAGACCAAACUCGACAAUGUCUACAAGAGCAGUGAAAAUAGUGAGAGUUAUUUGGACAAAUCAGACAAAUCAGACUGUAAAAGAAAUGUACCUUACAGCACACAAAAAAGGUGUGUGUGCAACGAUUGUGGGAGAAGCUUUAAUUAUAUUUCUUGAUGAUUUAAGCAUUUUAGCUGCAUCCAUUGCUGACAGAUGAACCACACAGUCAUGCAUUUUCUCUAGUGGCAAUAGUGUGUCCAGUACUUCAGAGGCAACAAUCAUUGUGGUGUUGUCAUAUGAUAUCAUAUAUGUCAUCCUAUAAGCAGAUAACAUAUUGCCAAAAAAAGUAACAGACCUUAUUAAAAAGAGAAGUUACCUAUUUGAAAUCAAUUUCUACCAUUAUCCAGGUGCUGGACUAAUGAAAUAAAACACAAUGGAGUGUUGCUUGCAUGCUAAUGGAGUAGGACGCAGAUUCCAAAAGCACUGCUCCUCCCCCAUGACCAUUGGCCCCUCCGGCACUGCCUCACCUAAGAGAGCUGCAGGACCAAUGGAUGAGUUGCUAGCGAAACCCGACAACCUCCCCACCACGAGGCCUACGGACAAAAUGGCGCCGAGCUCCCCGGUGGGGAAAGCCUAGCUGAAUAUUAGGUGAAGACACAGUGGGACGAAACACUCGUCCAGAUUUCAGCAGAAUUGUCCUCAAUUUCAGCCAAUAUGCUGAUGUGAAGUGACUCGACGGACCUGGUAACGGAACGCUGCACGGUAAUCAGAGAGGAGAUCUGCGCCAGAAGGCACCCCGAAAGUGAGGACGAAUUACUACCCUACGUCUUGACCCACCUAUUCACACACAUUCUGGGCGACGAUGCUCCUGCACAAUUUAACAUUGAAAGAGCACAGAGGGCACUCAGAUCACCCAGGCCGGAUGGCUUACCCAGAGAUGUUGCCUACUAUCCAUCCAAGUAAAAGAAGCCAUAAUUCAAUUGGCCAGACCAAAAGCCACCCUGCCGUACAUGGACAAUCAGGUGUCUCUGUUCCAAGACUUGUCAGUCCUAACGCUGGAUUCCCGCAGUGCACUGAGGCUGCUCACACAAAUGCUCCAGGGGAGGAGAAUUCAAUUCAAGUGGGGAUUCCCCUUCAGCCUGCAGGCCAAAAGAGACAACCGAUGGCACUCCAUACUGUGGCCGAAUAACGUCCCUGGCUUCCUCCGAGUGAUGAACCUACCAGCGGUUCGGAUCCCCAAUUGGAUUCUGGAUAGACCCCCCCAGUCGGACAACUCGCCAAACGCUCGAACGGAGAGACCGACUUACAGGCCUGCAGAGAUGUGGGCCUAGCGGGCCUGAAGAAUAAGCGCAGCGGGUCCUCCCCCCGCACGGGAACUGCCCUCCUACGUUCCCUCUGACUAGCCGGACACGGGUAUGUACCACAAUGGGGACCUUGUGUCUUCAACCAAUACCGCACCGGGAUCCCCCUCUUUUUCACCCCCCUUUUCUUCCCUGGCCCAUUUUGGAGCAGAAUGGGUGGAGACACUGACCACUUGGGUGGGAACCAGGGCAGUGCAGAGAAUGCACAGGAUCGGACACACAUCACCAGGGCUUGGUGCGGGGGUGAUCGGGUUAGGGACCGGGGCUUAUUUGCACACAAUUUAUGUGCAGGGCUGUAGAAUCCGACCCCAUGGGUAGAUACCUCUUCGGAAAGGGAACUAUAGCAGACCACACCUAUACCUUUGCCUCAAUAUACAGCCCUAAUACGAAGCAACACACCUUCCUGACUAAAACAAUAUCCCUUUUGGAAAAAUUCAGAGAAGGUCUAUUAUUCCUGGCCGGAGAUCUUAAUAUGCCCCUGGAUUCCAGGCAGGACACCUCUAAAGGUUAUUGCACCAUACCUCCCCCACUCCCUUAGAAGGGCAAAGAUGGCCUUGCGCAGAGUGGGGCUCGUGGACUGCUGGAGGGUGGCACACCCUGAUACCAGGGACUACUCCUACUAUUCCGCCUUCACAACGAAUAUUGCAGGAUUGACUACCUCUUUAUAGCACAAGAGUAUCUAGCGUGGCUGAUUUCCUCUGAUAUUGGCUCAUUCGGAGACUCAGACCAUGCACCAAUCACAACGUACGUAAAAUCCUCUCUGUUUAAGCCUAGAGAAUUCCAAUGGAAACUGAGCGAAAGAUAACCGACCUAGUAGACGUAGACCAAACAUCGACAACACAUUCAGCGUGCAGAACGUCCAUAGGAAAGCAUUGCUCUUGCCGCGCAUUCCGCUCCACUCGGGAGCCAACGUCGAAGUGAAAGGAGGGGUUACCAGUGCCGAGGGAGCCUGGCGCUGGAUUAAAGUAAGUAACUGAAGGGGAUUUAACCCCUUCAGCAUCAAGGGAAGGGGGGCCCUGAGGGUGGGGGGGACCUAAGGGUUGUAUAGUGUCAGGAAAACGAGUUUGUUUUCCUGACACUAUAGUGAUCCUUUAAACCAAGAACACAAUGGAGAGCAGGCGUCAGGAUGCAGGGAAGAGCAAGCUUUAGGAUACAUUGGGCAGCAGACCUCAUACAAAGGACAGCAGGCCUCAGGAAAGAAUGUAAAGCAACUCUCGGGAUGCAAAGGAGAGCAAGUCUCAGUAUACAGUGGAGACAGGCCUUGGAAUGUAGGGAAGAGUAGGACUCAGGAAAUAGGGGUGAUCAGGUCUCAUGAUACAGGCAGUGUAGAUUCACACUGCAGAUGCGUGCUCACCUAAACAAGCAGUUGCUGCUGGGACUUCAGUGGAUUCAAUGGAGUCUAGGCACAGACAAGCAGCUAAGCAACGCUCUACAAAAGACAAGGAUGUUGAAGCAUAUGAUCCUUUCCUGCUGUAUACUUUCUUUGGUAGGAAACUGACCUAUACUAA